AAGACUUUGAGAGUGCCGGCCACCAACAGGACGGGAGGCGACCGUCGAGGGCCGCGCUGCAGCUGUGGCGAACCGGGCCAUGGCCUCCACGGCAAAAAUGAGGGCACUACUCGCCUUAGUAGUUUGGUUAACGCUAGCGACAACAAACGUAUUAUCAUAUAACGGACUCGGCCAUGCAAUCAAACACGAAAUAUUCUUCUUGAACUUGGAAGACGGUUACUUCGGAUGCCAGGUGAAUGAAUCGACCGAUGUGCUGCAACUGUACGAACUGUCCAAGCUCUGCGAUGGAGUACCGGACUGUUUCCAGGCAUCCGACGAGCUGCGGCGCGAGCUAAAGUGUUCAGAUGACUGCGGCCUGCUGCCGGACCACCCGACGUGCCAGGUGAAGUGCCAGAACGGCGCCUGCCUCGACUCCCAGUGCCACUGCAACGACGGCUUUGGAGGCUGCGGCUGCGAAGUUCCAGAUGAGAACGAGUGCAAGUACCGUCCUUGCGACGUGUUCGCACACUGCACAAACACUCUAGGCAGCUUCCACUGUUCCUGCUUCCCUGGGUACACCGGCGAUGGCUUCUCUUGUCAAGAUAUCGACGAGUGCGAGGACCCGGCCAUCAGGGCCCGCUGUGUCGCCAACGCCGAGUGCUGCAACCUGCCGGCACACUUCUUCUGCAAGUGCAACCCGGGCUACGAGGGAGACGGAGAGGUCGAAUGCAGAGAUAUAAACGAAUGUGAACUGCCUGGUGCUUGCGGAAUCAACACGCACUGUACCAACCUGCCCGGAAACUACACGUGUACUUGUCUGGACGGCUUUGUCGGAAAUCCGUAUGAUGGGUGCGUGCGCCAGGACGAGUGCUCGCUGCCCGGUGCGUGCGGACCCGGCGCGCUGUGCGUAGCGACGCUGGACGGCCACGAGUGCCACUGCCCGCCGGGUUCGGUGGGCGGCGAUCCCUACUCGGAGGGCUGCGCCGGACCCGACGCGUGCGCGCGCAGCCCCUGCGGCCGCGGAGCCAUCUGCACCAACCACGACCUCGGCUUCAGGUGCACCUGUCCGCCCGGCUACGACGGAGACCCCAACGUCGCCUGCCAAGAGCCGGAGGCGAAGGACGCGUGCGCGGCGGCGGCGUGCGGCCAGGGCGCCGAGUGCCGGCGAGACGGCGAGGCGGGCGCCGCGCGGUGCGCCUGCCCGGCCGGCUUCACGGGCGACCCGCUGCUCGCCUGCAGCGACGUCAACGAGUGCUCCGCCGGCGCCGCCAGCUGCGGCGUCAACGCCAAGUGCAUCAACGUGCCCGGCUCCUACAAGUGCAUCUGUCCGCAGGGCUUCUCCGGACACGGCAACAUCUUCUGCGAAAAUGUCAACGAAUGCGAUGACAGCCCUUGUGGCGAGAACGCUAUAUGCACUGACACGGUCGGCAGCUUUAUCUGUACCUGCAAGGAAGACUAUACCGGAGACGCUUUCAAGGGCUGCACUGAUAUCAACGAGUGCGUGGCGCUGGACCGCCCGUGCGGCACGAACGCGCUGUGCCAGAACGCGGUGCCGGGCUACACGUGCGUGUGUCCGCAAGGCUACGCGGGCAAGCCCGACGCCAAGGUGGCGUGCGAGCAGGUGGACGUGAACAUCCUUUGCCGCUCCAACUUCGACUGCGCCAACAACGCCGAGUGCGUGGACGGGCAGUGCUUCUGCCAGAAGGGCUUCGUGGCGCGCGCCGCCGACUGCGUCGACAUCGACGAGUGCUCGCAGGGGCAGCCGUGCGGCGCCUCUGCGCGCUGCACCAACGUCCAGGGCGGCUACCACUGCGAGUGCGAGCCCGGCUUCGUCGGCAGCCCGCCGCGUCUGCCCUGCAAAGCACCAUGCGAAGACGUCAAGUGUGGAGACCACGCCUUCUGUAAACCUGACGGUCAGGAAGCUUACUGCAUUUGUGAGGACGGCUGGUCGUUCAAUCCACUGGAUAUAACAGCAGGAUGUGUUGACAUCGACGAGUGUGACAAGAUCAACGGACCCUUCGGGCGCUGCGGUGCCAAUGCGCUGUGUACUAACACGCCAGGCGGCUUCAGCUGCCAGUGCCCGCCCGGACUUACUGGAAAUGCAUUCAAACAGUGUCUAGACAUCGACGAGUGCGCGACGGGCAGCCCGUGCGGAGCGGGCGCCGUGUGCACCAACGUGGUGGGCUCGUACAGCUGCGGCUGCCCGCCGGGAUCCGUGCCCGACCCCGACCCCAAGGUCAAGUGCGUGGCCGUCGUGACGUGCGCCGCCGACGCCGACUGCCCCGGCAACGCCAUCUGCGACCCGCACAAGCGCUGCCUCUGCCCCGAGCCCAACGUCGGACCAGACUGCAGGCACCCGUGCGAGUCGGUGGUGUGCGGCCCGAACGCGCAGUGCCUGCUGCUGAACGGCGCGGCGCGCUGCCUGUGCGCCAGCGGCUACACGGCGGCGGCGACGCCCGCCGGCGGCUGCGUCGACGUGGACGAGUGCGCGGCGUCGCCUUGCGCGCCGGGCGCCGUCUGCCGCAACGAGCCGGGCGGCUUCUCGUGCGAGUGCCCCGGCGGCUGGGCCGGCGACCCGUACCGCGGCGCGGGCUGCGCGCGCCCGCACGGCCCCGCGCCCGCCGCCUGCUCCAAGCAGCGGCCGUGCCCGCUGGGCGAGCACUGCGUCGCCGACCAGUACGCCGGCACCAGCGUCUGCCUGUGCCAGCGCGGCUUCACGCGCGAUCCCGCCUCCGGUCGCUGCCGCGACGUCGACGAGUGCCGCGAGCUGCGAGACCGACCCGCCUGCGGCCUCAACGCCGUCUGCAAGAACCUGCCCGGUAGCUACGAGUGCCAGUGUCCGCCCGGCUUCAACGGAAACCCCUUCCUGCUCUGCGAAGAGUGCAACACGCUGGAGUGCCAGUGCCAGCCGCCGUACCAGCUUCUGGACGGCAACUGCGUGCUGGCGGGCUGCUCCAAAGGCGAGAAGUGCCCGCCGGGCGCCGAGUGCAUCACGAUCGCGGGCGGCGUCAGCUACUGCGCCUGCCCCAAGGGCUUCCGCACGCGCCACGAUGGCUCCUGCGAGGACGUGGACGAGUGCUCGGAGGGCCGGCAGGUGUGCGGCUACGGCGCCGAGUGCGUCAACAGCGCGGGCUCGCACCGCUGCGUGUGCCCGCGCGGCUACAGCGGCGACCCCUACAACGGCGUCUGCUCGCCGGACCAGGUGCGCUGCGUCAGCCACGCCGACUGCUCCGCCAACGAGAAGUGCGUCCAGCCGGGAGAGUGCGUCUGCCCGCCGCCGUUCUUCGUCGACCCGCUCGAUGGCAACAAGUGCAAGAGCCCGUGCGAGCGCUUCCCGUGCGGCCUGAACGCCAAGUGCACGCCGAGCGACCCGCCGCGCUGCAUGUGCGAGCCGGGCUACAAGGGAGACCCGCUGACCGGCUGCUCCGACGUGGACGAGUGCGCCGACAGCCCAUGCGCCUACGGCGCGCACUGCCUCAACGUGAAGGGCGACUUCAAGUGCGUCUGCGCCAGGGGCAUGACCGGCGACCCCUACCGAUCCGGAUGUGUGAACGCGGACGGCGCCGGCAAGGCGGAGUGCGGCAGCGACGCGGACUGCGCCGGCCAGCUGGCGUGUGUGUCCGGCGCAUGUGUCAACCCGUGCUCUACGCUGCCGUGCGGGCCGCACGCCUACUGCGAGGCCGACAACCACGCAGCCUGGUGCCGCUGCGCCGUCGGCUACACCGAGGCCGCCAACGGAGAGUGCGUCUCAGUGUGCCAGGGCGUGGUGUGCGGCCGCGGCGCGCAGUGCAUCGUGACGGCGCUGGGCGCCACGUGCAAGUGCGUCGAGGGCUUCAUCGGCAACCCGUUCCCCGGCGGCCUGUGCGUGCCCGACGUCUGCUCGGCCAGCAACCCGUGCGCCGAGCCCAGCGUCUGCAUCGGUGGCCGCUGCAAGGAGCGCUGCGAGGGCGUCGUCUGCGGCGUCGGCGCCUCCUGCGACCGCAACACCAACAAGUGUGUCUGUGACCCCUUCUUCGUCGGCAACCCGGACCUCAUCUGCAUGCCGCCCGUGCUGCCGCCGCACUGCGAGCCGGGCUGCGGAGAGAACGCGCACUGCGAGUACGGCGUGGUGAACGUGUGCGUGUGCGACGCGGGCCACGAGGGCAACCCCUACCAGGGCUGCGCGCCGCAGGGCAAGACGUCGUGCGCCAGCGCCGCCUGCGGCCAGGGCGCGCACUGCCGCCAGGGCCCGCACGGCAUGCAGUGCGCCUGCCCGCCGGGCUUCGCCGGAAACCCCUACAUCCUCUGCCAAGACGUGGACGAGUGCAGCAGCGCGGGAGCGUGUGGCGCCCACGCGGUGUGCAUCAACACGGCGGGCGGCUACGACUGCCGCUGCCAGGAGGGCUACGCCGGCAACCCGUUCGCCGUGUGCCUGCGCGUACGGCCGGGGCCCUGCACAGACCCCGCCACCUGCAAGUGCGGCCGCGACGUGCCCUGCCCGCCAGGGUUCUCCUGCGAGAAGGGCAAGUGCCGCGACCUGUGCGCUGGAGUGAAGUGCGGCUCCAUGGCCACCUGCGACUCCGGGAAGUGCAUCUGCCCUGCGGGAUACAACCUGGACGCCAGCAGCAAAGCCUGCAAGCCCCUCGGCCACUGUAACAACGACUUGGACUGUGCUUCUUCAGAGAUUUGCUUCCACUUCCUUGGGGGCUCUAGCGGCGUGCGCAAGUGCGUGGACGCGUGCAGCAAGGCUCAGUGCGGACCGAACGCGCUGUGCGUGUCCGAGCAGCACCGUUCGUCGUGCAUCUGCGCGGAGGGCACGAGCGGCGACCCGAGCGACCUGGUGCUGGGCUGCCGGCCCGAGGAAGAGGGCCAGCCGAAGCGCGGCUGCCUCAGCGACGCCGACUGCCCGCCGGGGCUCGCCUGCACGCUGGGCCUCGACGCCAGCCGAGCCUGCGUCGACCCCUGCCUCAGCGUCGCCUGCGCCAUCAACGAGGUGUGCCGGCUGGACGCGCAGCACGGCCCCGUGUGCCACUGCCGCGACGGCUUCGUGUGGAACCCGGUGUCGUCGGCGUGCGAGAAGCCGUCGCUGCCGGACUGCGCGAGCGACGGCGACUGCGGCGCGGCGGCGGCGUGCCGGCCCGACGCGCUGGGCGUGCUGCGGUGCGCCGACGCGUGCGCCGCGCUCUCCUGCCCGCCGCACAGCCAGUGCGAGGCGCGCGACCACCGCGCCACCUGCCGCUGCCUGCCCGGCUACACCGGCAACCCGGCCGACCGCGCCGGCUGCGUGCCCGCCUCCAGGAACUCCUGCACCAGCGACGCCAACUGCGCCGAGGCCGAGGUGUGCCGACUGGACGCGCAGACGAACUCGUUCUCGUGUCGGCCGGCGUGCCAGGCGGUGCGUUGCGGGCCCGGCGCCGUGUGCGCGGCGCAGAACCACGUGGCGCAGUGCCGCUGCCCGCCGGGGCCGUACGCGGGAGACCCGUACGACGCGGCGGCCGGCUGCCGCACCGUUCCCUGCGUCUACAACAUCGACUGCCCGCCCAGCCAGCUGUGCGACCGCCUCUCACACACCUGCAUGGACGUCUGCCACGAGGACUCGUGCGGCACCGACGCCGUCUGCGUCGCCGAGGACCACAAGGCCAUCUGCCAGUGCCCGCCGGGAUACAGGGGGAACCCAGAGAUCGAGUGCACCCCGGGAGCCGUGUGCCAGCCGAGCCCGUGCCACCCGAGCGCGACGUGCGAAGCGGCGCCGGGCGGCGACGGGCACGUGUGCCGCUGCCCGGCCGGACAGGUGGGCGACCCGUACACGACGGGCUGCCGGCCCGAGGGCCGCUGCCCGGCCGGAGACCGCGACUGCCCGGCCACCGCCGCCUGUCAGGGCGGCCGCUGCAUCAACCCCUGCGAGGCCGGCCGGCCGUGCGGGCCCAACGCGCUCUGCGAGGUGCGCGCUCACCGGCCCGUCUGCUCCUGCCCCGCCAAGUUCCAGCCGGGGCCCUACGGCGUCUCCGGCGGCUGCAUCCGCUCUCCCGCGCCCUGCAACAGCGACCAGGACUGUCUCGGCGACAUCUGCCACGGAGGACAAUGCAAAGUUGCCUGCAGAAACUCUGACGACUGCUCGAAUGGUGAGAAAUGCGUACUCAGCCUGUGCGUGCUACCGUGCGUGGGCCAUACGCAGUGUCCUCAAGGUCUUGCUUGCACCAAUGGCUCUUGUCUUCUCGGCUGCCGCUCAAGCAAAGAGUGUCCCAGCAACCAGGCUUGCAUCAACGCUAAAUGUCAAGACCCGUGCCUGCGCGAGGGCGCGUGCGGGCCGAACGCGGAGUGCCGGUGCGUGGAGCACGCGACGGAGUGCCGGUGCCCGGCGGGCUUCGCGGGCAGCCCGGCGCCCCAGCAGGGCUGCGUGCGCCAGCCGGCCGCGUGCCACGCGCCCGGCGACUGCCCCGCGCCCGGCUACGCCUGCUCGCCCGCCGGCCUCUGCGUGUGGCCGUGCGACCGCGGCUGCGCGCUCGGCGAGCGCUGCGGCGAGCUGGGACACUGCGUGCGCGUCUGCCACGCCGCCAGCAACUGCCUGCCCGCCGAGAUCUGCGACGAGGGCGUCUGCCGGCCCGGCUGCGCCACCGACCAGGACUGCUCGCUCGGACAAGUCUGCCUCCGCGGAAAGUGCAGGUGCGGCGUGGGCUUCACGUCGGGCCCGGCCGGCGGCUGCGUGGACGUGGACGAGUGCGAGGACGCGCCGUGCCACCACAGCGCCGAGUGCGUCAACACGGCGGGCUCGUUCCGCUGCCAGUGCCCGGCCGGCAGCGUGGGCGACCCCUUCCUCGAGCCCGGCUGCCGCGCGCCCGGCUCCUGCGACGACAGCGCCGACUGCGCCGACAACCUGGCGUGCCAGGCCGGCCGCUGCUCCGACCCCUGCGCCGCCGCCCCCUGCGGGCCGUCCGCGCUCUGCAACGUGUUCGACCACGCCGCCGUCUGCAGCUGCCCGCCGGGGCACCUCGGCGACCCCACCGACUCUGACGUCGGCUGCUUCAAGGUCGAGUGCACCACCAGCGAGGACUGCGCCCGCGACAAGACCUGCGACCAGCGCAGCUACAAGUGUAUCGAUCCGUGCGACCAAGUCAACUGCGGCAGAGGAUCUUGCAAAGUUCAAAACCACGAAGCCACGUGUUCCUGCUUUGAGGGCUACACCCUGCUCAACGGAAAGUGCGCCGACGUCGACGAGUGCGCCUCGAGCCCGUGCCACAGCACAGCCGUGUGCCGGAACGCGCCGGGCAGCUUCUCGUGCGAGUGCGCCGACGGGCUGGUGGGCGACCCGGUGCGCGGCGGCUGCCGCAAGCCCGGCGAGUGCCUCGGCGACGCCGACUGCCCCAGCAGCGCCGCCUGCGUCGACAACCGCUGCCGCAGCCCGUGCGAGGCGGCCGCGCCCGUCUGCGGCGCCAACGCCGAGUGCCUCGUGCAGGACCACCUGCCGCUCUGCCGCUGCCCCCAGCAGACCAGGGGCGACCCCAAGGUGGAGUGCGUGAAGCUGGAGUGCUCCGAGAACGCCGACUGCCCGGCGUCCCGCGCUUGUGUGGACUCUCGCUGCGUGGACCCCUGCUCGGUGGCGAGCGUGUGCGGCGCGCAGGCCGACUGCGUGGCCGACAACCACGCGGGCGUCUGCUCGUGCCGGCCCGGCACCACGGGCGACCCGCGCCUCGGCUGCGUCGACCUCCAGUACUGCGCCAGCGACGCCCAGUGCGCCGCCGGCGCCGCCUGCAACAACGGACUCUGCAAGUCACAAUGUACUUCGGCCCGCGAAUGCCUCACGGACCAGCUGUGUAUACAAGGUGUGUGCCAGCCCACAUGUAAGGCCAACUCCGACUGCCCGGAGAAACAACUGUGCCAGAACAGCAUCUGCAUACAAGAGGUGCGCUGCCGAGCUGACAGCGACUGCGCGGACAACGAGAAGUGUGUGGAGAACGCCCUUGGACAGGCGGAGUGCCGCGACGCGUGCGACGGCUCGGCGGCGUGCGGGCGCAACGCGCAGUGCGUGUCGCAGCGCCACCGGCCCGUGUGCUCGUGCCUGGCGGGCUUCCGCGGAGACCCGCUGGCCGGCUGCCGGCCCGAGGAGUGCCAGGCGGACGCCGACUGCCCGCCCGACCGCCGCUGCGACGACUACUCCUGCAGACCCGCCUGCGCGCCGCCCGCAGCCUCCUGCGGCUCCAACGCGCUCUGCUCCGCCGAGAACCACCGACCCGUGUGCCACUGCCAGCCGGGAUUCACGGGCGACGCGUCGCGCGGCUGCGAGCCGGUGGACGCGUGCGCGAGCUCGCCCUGCGGGCCGGGCGCGCUGUGCGAGAACGCACGCGGCUCGUUCCGCUGCUCGUGCCCGCCGGGCACGGUGGGCGACGCCGCCCGCGAGGGCUGCCGCGCGCCCGUCGAGUGCCAGGUCGACGACGACUGCCCCGCCGCCACGCAGUGCUCCACCAUCACCGGAGUGCCCAAGUGCAGAGACGUGUGCGAGAGCACGCUGUGCGGCCAGAACGCGGAGUGCGUGGCCUCCGGGCACGCGGCGUCGUGCCGCUGCCGCGACGGCUACGAGGGCGACGCCAACGACCAGCGCGUCGGCUGCCGGCCGCGGCCGCUGCCCUGCCAGAGCAGCGCCGAGUGCCCCGCCAGCACCUACUGCUACGGACACAUCUGCAAGCCACUGUGCCAGUCGGACGGCGAGUGCAACCUAACGGAGAACUGCGUGAACGGCCAGUGCGUGAACCCAUGCGAAGCUCGGGGUGCGUGCGGCAUGAACGCUGAGUGCCGCGUGCUCAACCACGGCAAGCAGUGCAGCUGCCCGCCGGGCUUCACUGGAAACCAGGCCGUCGAGUGCGUCAGGAUACCUGUAUCGUGCGAAUCGAACAAAGACUGCUCUGAAGGCAACACGUGUAGAGACAGCAUGUGCCUACCAGUGUGCAGCGCCGACACCGACUGCGCCCUCAAUGAGAAGUGCCUCAAAGGCAACUGCAUGCUGACGUGCCGCGUCCACAACGACUGCUUCUUGGGCCACAUCUGCCUGAACAACAUGUGCAUAUUCGGCUGCAAGUCUGACGAGGACUGCUCGGCCAGCGAGCAGUGUAUGGGCGGCCGCUGCGUCGAUCCGUGCGCCUCCAAGCCUUGCGGACCCAACGCCAUCUGCUCCACGUCCAACCAGCGGGCCGUGUGCUCGUGCCCGCAGGGGCUUGUGCCCAGCCCAACAGCACAGGUGGCGUGCGUGCGGGCGCCCGCGGCGCCGUGCCUGGAGAGCCGCGGCUGCGCGCCCGGGCUGACGUGCCUGUCGGGUGCCUGCCGGCCGCUGUGCGCCGCGGACGGCGGUUGCCUGGGCAACGAGCGCUGCGACGCCCGCGCCGGCGUCUGCCGGCCCGCCUGCAGCCGCGACGACGCCUGCCGCCGCGGCGAGGUCUGCGAGGGGCUCGUCUGCGUCGCCGGCUGCCGCUCCGACUCCGGCUGCCCCUCCAGCGCCGCCUGCGUCAACGGACAGUGCCAAGACCUGUGCGCGUCGCCGACGGCUUGCGGUACAAACGCAGUGUGCUCCAUGUCGAACCACGGCAAGCACUGUGAGUGUCCGGAGCCUCUCGUGGGAGACCCGAACGUGAGCUGUCGCCAGCCCACCACCACGUGCCAGACGGAAGCAGACUGUUCCGACGGGCAGACGUGCUACGUUGGUAUAUGCCACACCACCUGCAGAAAUGACUUGUCCUGCCUAUCUGAUGAACGGUGUGUCGGAGGGCUGUGUAAAACAGUGUGCAACAGUGACGCUGCUUGCGGGGCCGGACAGAUCUGUGAAAACCGACUGUGCGUCGUGGGCUGCCGAAGUGACAACGUUUGUUCCGAUAAUCAGGCGUGCGUCGACAACAAGUGUAUCAACCCGUGUGACGCGCCCAACGCGUGCGGCGCGUGCGCGGAGUGCCGCGUGUCGAAGCACGGCAUGCAGUGCUCGUGCCCGGCCGGCUUCGCGGGCGACCCGCUGUCCGCGUGCUCCAAGCCGGCGGCGCGCUGCCCCGCGCCCGGCUGCGACCCCGCCGACUGUGACGAGGGCGGCUUCUGCGCGCAGCCCUGCUCUGACGACGCCACCUGUGCCUGCGGAGAGACCUGCGUGCAGGGGCGCUGCCGCUCCCGCUGCGGCCCGGCCGGCGCCUGCCCACAGGGCCAGGUGUGCAGCGACAGCGGGGCGUGCGUGCCCGGCUGCCUGUCGCACGCGGACUGCCCGCAGGACCGCGCGUGCUCGGGCGGCCAGUGCCGCGACCCGUGCGGCCCGUCGGCGUGCGGUACGGGCGCGCAGUGCCGCGCCGCCGACCACCGCGCCGUCUGCCUGUGCCCGCCCGGCCACCGCGGCGAGCCCAGCAAGGCCUGCCUGCCCGCCGGACAGUGCUCCGCCGACGCCGACUGCCCGCCCGACCAGUUCUGCUCGCCCGCCGACGGCGCCUGCCGCAACCCGUGUCUGCAGGCCGACGCCUGCGGCACCAACGCACAGUGCCGCGUCGCCGACCGCAGGGCCGUCUGCUCGUGCCCACCCGGAUAUUACGGAAACCCUAAGCUCGAAUGCAAGCAAGGCGGCGGCGACUGCGUGCGCAACCCGUGCGGCGAGAACGCGCGCUGCCGCGACGUGGCGGGCGGCUACGAGUGCUCGUGCCCGCCCGGCUGCACCGGCGACCCGUACCGCGGCUGCCUCUGCGAGGACGGCCUCAAGAACGCCUGCGCCGGACACCGCUGCGGAGCCAACGCCCUCUGCAGGGUCACCGCCUCUGGGGGGCCCGAGUGCUACUGCCCUGCCAACUUCCCGGUCGGAAACCCCGAGCGUGAAUGUGAGUACCUCUCUCGCUUUGUCGACGUCGCUUUAGCGGACCGCGUGUCGGACCGCUCCGGCGUGGACUGCCGCACGCGCGGCUGCGGCUCUGGCGCGGAGUGCAUCCGCGACGGCACCGCCUUCGUCUGCCGCUGCCCGCCCGGGACGACGGGUCGCCCCGAGGUCGGCUGCCGCAAAGAGAACACCUGUGCGAGUGACGUAGACUGUCCAAGUGAGAAGGCUUGUGUGAGCGGCGAGUGUGCCGACCCGUGCUCGUUGCGGGGCGCGUGCGGCCGCGGCGCGCUCUGCCGGCCCCUGAUGCACCGCGCGCGCUGCUCGUGCCCGCAGUGCCACGUGGGGUCGCCGCACGUGCAGUGCGUGCGCGACCCGGACCCGCGCUGCGGGCUCGAGCAGCAGCCGCGGCCGGGCGGGGGCCCGUGCGCGGCGGACGCGGACUGCGGGCCGGCGGCGGCCUGCGUCCGCGGCCGCUGCGCCGACCCCUGCGUGCGCCCCUGCGAGCCGGGCAAGCGCUGCGAGGUGCGCGCGCACCGGCCCGUCUGCGUCUGCGCCGCCGGCUUCGUGCUGAGCGACGCGGGCGAGCUGGCGUGCGCCUCGGGGCCGCCCGCCUGCGCCUCCGACGCCGACUGCGCCUCCAACCGCGCCUGCGCCGCCGGCCGCUGCGUCGACCCCUGCUCGGCGCUGCCGCCGCCCUGCCGCGAGCCCGACCAGGCGUGCGACGUGCUCGACCACCGGCCCGUCUGCAUCUGCGUGCGCCGCUGCAACCCCGCGCUCUCCAUCUGCUUGCGCGACGCCGGGUGCCCGGCGCACCUCGCCUGCCGCAACUUCCGCUGCGUGGACCCGUGCGAGGGCGCGGGCUGCGCGCCCGGCGCGCCUUGCCGAGUCGAGGACCACACGCCCGUCUGCAAGUUCUGUCCCGCAGGAUUUGUCCCUGACGCGAAAUACGGAUGCCUCAAAGCAGGUGUCAGCACAAGCACGAGGGCACCGGUUCAGUGCACGUUGGAUGACGAGUGCACAGGUGCGCUGGCGUGCAUUAGAGGAGAAUGCGUAGAUCCUUGCACCAACAAGUGUGGUCUGAGCGCUCGGUGUAGGGUGGAGGCCCACCGGCCAGUGUGUUUCUGCCCCGUGGGCUACCGGGGGGAUGCGGCCGUUCGCUGCACGCCCGCCGAUAGCCCUCCGGCUCUCUCGACAUCUCAGGCUGCUCCUACAGUAUCCAUUCACGGUUCUUCUCUACCUACAGAUACAACUUCGGGGACAACUGUAACAUAUAAACUGGCAACAGACAAUCCCACAAUACAAACAGAUAACCUACACACCACAUUAGAGGCCCCAAGGACAGUAGAUAUUCUUACCGAUACUACAACGAAUGCCGAAACAACUACGUAUCCGUCGGUUCCUCAAGUCAGUGCAAGACAUCCUGCAACAGAAAAUGAGAUACCUUAUGAAACUUCGACAAACGAGGCUCGAAUGACAGAAGCAGCUACGUCCUCUGACUCGCAGGAAACAUUGCAGGGGCAUACGACGAUUACAACUGAGCCGUCGACCGCCGUAACAAACGAAUCAGAAACGACGCUGGACUUUUCUUUUGAUUUGGAGGUCACGCCCUUUAAUGAACCUGUCAAGUUAUUCUCUAGCGACGAGCUGACUUCGGCUCCCGACACAACAGAAUCAGCCCCAAACGUGGGUGACAAAGCCACUACUACUCAGAUUACUCCAAUCACAAAAGAUAUCCUGUCUGGUGGCAUAUACAAGACUGACAGUCAGGAAUUUGUUACUUCUUUCACGUACUCCUCUCGCAGACUGCCACAAGCAGAAGAAACAACACGAGAAUCAUACACGGCAGUAACGGAGAUUGUUUAUCGGAGUACAGUGACGUCUGAUAUACGCGAGGCAAGCGAACAAGGAAAUUCUGACACACCAGCCAAUACAUUGUUCAGCACCCCGACAGAAGAAACAAAUACUGAAAGUAUGAUGACAUCAAAUGAAGCACCUCAUACCACAUUACCUAGCUCUACCAAGCUACACUCUGAAAAAAAGGAAUAUCAAACCACUGGAUCGCAUUACAGUUAUUACGGGCCAUCUGGGGAACAGAUCGAAACGACAUUAACUCCAUACGAUAUUCCUGUGACGGUUGUUUCUCACGUCAGUAAAGGACAAACAUCUACACCACGCUUGACAAAACCAGAAACUUCCACAGAAAAAUAUUAUACUGAUUACAAAGGAAUCACAAGCAGACAAGAUGUCACGCUUCCCGUAAAUUAUCAAGGAUCGUCAGCAGAAAGCGUCACUGAUCAGCGAGUACGUGAAACGACAUCUGCAAACUAUCAUCAGUUAGUCACAAAAAACGACCAUUCGUAUGUUCCUGAAGCAAAAACGGAAACUGGGAUUGCGACCCACGCUACUUCACUGGCUACGACAGAGGUCGAACAUUUCACCUCGGAGAGGGCUACAGGUUCACCAUUAUCGGUCAGUAGUGCACACGCUACUGUAGGUGGUGCAGAAGGGACUCAAAAGAGUUCCACAGCACGCUUUCCAUCAAGCAAGGUGGUUCUCAAUAAAAUUUCUACAGACCAUAAUAUAGGAAAAGACACCACAUCUUCGGUGCCACCGUGGACAAGUAGUGCUGCAACUUCGGAAACUUCUACAGUAUUAGAAACAAUAACAGUAACACCAGAGUUCACCGAGACGGUUGAAACAAAUACCCCGGUCAAAGAAAAGCCGUACAGCAUUUUAGUCGAUAAUUAUUCAUCCACUGCUACAGAAAACACGAAAUCAUCACAGUAUGGAAGUACCGUUCCGACCGUGGAAAACCCUGAGUAUGACUUCCAUACAACCCAGAGCACCCAAGUACACCUCAACACAGAAGCGACAGAAUACGGUCCUGCUUACGAAACAGAUAGCAAUGGAGUGAAAGAUACGACAAUAACGGCGGAAAGUGCCACCGAAGGCCGUGUGAUAACCGUAACGCCAGUGCAUGGACGUGACAGAGGACCAGUCGUUACAGUGACCCCUGUGAACUAUACACCACGUGAACAAGUGUACACCGUGACUCCUCUUCACAUUACUGAUAGUGCUGAAAGCACAAACCCGACAGCAAAAGAGAACACUAUGCAAAUGGCUACUGAUGGCUUCACUGAAACUCAAGGCACAGUGCCACAAACGAAUUUUGGUUCAAAUGAAAAUAUCACAAAGCAAAAAAAUGAAAAUGAGGAAUUAUUUCCUGCGCAAUAUACUGUAUCUCCAAAGGGCGGCAUCACCAGUACUGACGAUAUCCUAUCGACGGAAAAUGUAGCUGAUAAUUCAACUAAUACUGAACGAGUAUACUCGUUUACUCAAGUUAGUGAAGGAGCAGCUUUACAUCAGGACAAUCUGUUGCAAAAAGAACACAAGAAUGGCCUAGUACCUCAGAAAACAUACAGAAUAACAGACACAGACGACAUACUGGAUACAACAUACAAGGACACAGACAUGCAGACAGAAAAAAUGUUUGGCAAUAACGAAAAAAAGAUACACACCUCAAUGCCGACGGUCAUAAAGCAUGACAUAGUUAGUAGUACUACCCCAAAAGAAAGUCCUCCAAUAGGAGAGGCUACGUAUUUCCAGCAAGGGACGACCGAAAGCAGUGUAAUGUCUACAAGAAUUGGUGAAAACCCCACCUUCCCGACAGAAAGAUGGGCACAGAAUCCAAAUUUUCCUCAAGGACAUAGACAUCAUGGUCAGGAAACAGCAGAACAGGACGAAGAAAUCACGACUGUCGAUGAGAAACGCAACACAGAAUUCAUUACAGAAACCAGUAAAGCUGAAGAAAUAAGUACGGAACUUACCAACAGUAGCAGCGAGCUUAUUUUUGAAACUAAUGAUCACGAUAGAACACAGGUAACGACGAAAAUUGUACCAGUUUAUGCUCAGACAGUUUACACUGCGUCACCAGAAACUGAUGAAGAAAUAACGGAAGCAGAAACAAGUACUUCUUCCGAAACGUUGACAUCCUACACUCUUGUUACAACAGAGAACUUCACCUCAACAUCGCAGGAACAUACAUCUGUUUCACAAGACAAGAAAACUUAUGGGCCACCGCAAAUAGAUGAGAAGUCUGUAACAACUUCUUCAGCUACAAAGGAGAUCAGGUUACCAGAAGUCAAUAACAAACCUAAGGAUCAACUUCCGCAGGUCAAGCACUCUACUACCAUAGGUGUUAUUGUCGAAGAAAGUACCGAACGAAUAUCAGAACAAUCUCCCGAGAUUAUAACAUCGACAAUAAACACACCAGCUUCCAAUGAGGGAACAGUAGAUGCAAUGAUAACAGAGAAUCACUUAGAAGAGAAGAGUUCUACGCAAAAUAUUAAACGUACUGAAAACUACACAAGAGUGUCUGUACCAAAAGUAACUAUUACUUAUGAUGGAAUUACAAAAGAAACACAUGAAAAUCCAUACUCACAGGUCUCAGUAAUAACAGACACGGCAUCUGCAACUACAACAGAAUACGUCGCAUUACCCUACGAUACCAAAACAACGAUACUUGAAUCAACAACAAAUAAAAUUUCAGAUGCAGAUGUAACCAGUGUGAUUUCGACUCAGCAGGAUCAAAACAUAAAAACUACUCCCACGAAAGCGGAAACUUGGCGCAAUGAUUUAGAGGAAAGGACUUCUACAGAGUUUGUUUCCGACAUCAGUGAUUACACAAACGGCUUUACACCUGCAAUGAAGCACUCAUCGGAUACAAACAAAUGGGUAGUCCAAGAAGAAACUACCUUUGAAUCAGUAACACUAGAUUUCUCUCAACCUACGGAAUUUACUCAUACGUCAUCAGGUACCUCCGGCGAUUACACAAAUGAAGAGUUACCUCGUGAGACGUCGGAAGGCAAUGGAACAUUUAGCGAUGGAAAUCCUACAACAGGUGAUGACAGACAAUCUGGAAGCGGAAACCAAUCUCACGUCUUUAUAGAAGACGACAUAAAAAUUACGCAGCCAAACAUAAAAACAACUGUACCAUUCGAUUCGUCGUCCAGUAACACCAAAAACGUACACACGUCCUUUCGUCCACUUCCAAGUACAACUGAAAUUUACGAUAAUGUAUCACAGGUUCCGAAAGUCAAAUUUCCUCCGGAACGUGACACAUUAAAAGCUACUGCAACACACAAAACUCCAAGCAUCUCCUUGCCAACGACAAUUAAAAUUUCCCAGAACACUGAUGCUGCCGUUUCGUUGGCAGAGAGCACAGAGAAAUUUUCAACACAAAUUUUCGUACCGUUUCAGCCAUCGACGAACCCACAAAAACAAUAUGAAAUUAAAGCAGAUUCGCAUCUUACGGAGAAAACGGUAUUUACUGAUACAACUCGGUACACGGAUGUUGUUUCGUUGGCAGGAAACACGGAGAAAAUUUCAACGCAAGUUUUUGUACCGUUUCAGCCAUCAUCGACCCCGCAAAAACAAUAUGAAAUAACAUCAGAUUCUCAUGUUAAACAGAAACCAGUGCUUCCUGAUUCAGUCCCCCAAUCCACAGAAUACUGGAUUGAUGUAAAUACUGUUGCAGAUAGGAUGAAGUCUUCUUACACAAAUCCUGCACCACAAUAUCCGGAUGACUCUUCCAAAACGCAUCAAACGCAUCACAUCACAGCAAAGGUAAAACUAAAUACUGACAGCCCAUUCCGCGAAAGCGUUGGUGUAACAGAGUCUGAAAGCAGAGGUUCCAGUACGCAUGAUGAAAAUACGACAGAUCUUCAACAUACAACAAAAUCGAGCGAAAGCUUUGAACCGUUGGAUGAAGCGGCUACAGGCCAAUUGCCACGAGUAACGUCAGAAGCAAAUCUAGCUCCAUUUCCUACAUCUCCGCGUGACAAAGAUAUUGCAACAAACACAAACAACUUCCAAGCCACAGAAAACUUGUUGCCACGUACAACGGAAAGAAACGAUCUACCCACAGAUUUUGAACGAGCAAAGGAGGAAAAAACUAUACAGACUGCAACAAUUACAAACCAAGCAGAGGAGUCUUCCAAUUUCACAGCAGAGACAACAGAUCAGACUCUCGGAACUGUAAGAGAAGCUAUAGUACGAACGGAACCCAAGGAGAUUUCCACUGCGCCGGAAAUAUUUACAAACGAUCAUACACAAUCGCUUGUUUCCAUUAGCACGUCACAACUCAACCAAGAACUCUCUAAUUGGGGAGACAUUAUCGAAGUACCAACAAAGGAUUCCACUCAACAUGAAUUUCCCUCUACUGUAAAAAUAAUUUGCUCCAACUCUCUGGGAAAUGUUAACUGCUUAACAUCAAAGUCACCAGAUACUACAGAAAUCAUUACAGAAAGGGCAGAAGGCGAAACGAUACAGCCAGGGAAGGCAUACACGUAUCCUGGUUUCCUAGGGACAACCAAAAAUUUUGUACACGGUUCGUCUGUGGGAACAGAAGACACUGGCACGAUUACCACAAAAUAUGAUCAUGGCCCAGUAACUACACCCAUUGCUGAAGAAGAUGGAAAUAACAAUUAUUACACCACCACAGGGCAGAGGAUUACGUCGACUAUCAGCAUUCACUUUGAUGGCGAGGGAUCAACCGAUACAAAUAACGAAGUGACUGUAAAGUCUGAAAUGCAGCCCUCAGUAACAAAUCAGUAUGAGUCCAAAUCAUCAAAUAAUGAACCGUUCGGUUACGAACAAACAACAGGGUUUAUGAUCAAAAUACCUACAGUAACCAUGGAACCUUCAUCAUUUAUACCUCGUUCUACCAAUAUUCUUCCCACUAGUACUCCCCACAUAGAGCAACAUCUAAAGGUUGUAACGAAAUAUCAUACAAACGAAAAUCAACAGUCAACAGAACAAAACAUGUUUACGAGUCAGACCUCCGCAGAAAAAACAUUCGGACCUGCUAUAGGGGAAACACUUCCUUCACAGAGUACAGUCGCUAAUCAGAGAAACGAACCGCUUACUCGCACUGGUUAUGACCACAUGACAGUUACAGACAGCAUCCAAGAUGCUUCAACCAUAAGGCAACAAGAACUGUCAAACAUGAUCCCAACCACACAAGAAAUCAAUACCCCAAGGAGAACAACAGAAAGUGAUGGGCAUUUCCAGCACACUGAGAAUGUCUACAUUAGCUCAGAUCAACAAGUGACAGGCAAUACAGCUGAAAGCACGUUACCUACAGACGUGACAGAUUACAAAAUAGUGCUUAAGCUGUCUCCUUCCGCCACCACAAAUACUGAAAUGUCAGGAUUACAGUACACACAGCCUGAUACUGAGGAAUAUUCCCCUGGUUCUACAAGAGACACUUCCCAAAUCUUUAAACCUGCGAGUACAAUAUUAAACGAGCAAACAGUGAGCACCCCAAAUGGAAACACAGAAGAAAACAAUGUAUCAGUAAUGCAGCUUAUGACUGAUAAGACUUCUGAAAGUCACGAAACAAAACUAUGGUCUGUAACCAGACAGCAGUCAGAAAAUUCCAGUGAUGUUGGAAUGUCAAAAGGAAAUACAACAGAUUCUACAACAGUGACAAAUGUACAACAAACAGUAUUUCUGCCAACAGAUAGAUCAAAUGAAUGGGCUGUGUCCAGUGAUGAAGGGCAAAUUUCAAGAACACAUACCACUAGCUAUGGAGAAUUGUUAAUACAUUACAAAACAGAACCUACUCUUGAAUAUGAAAGAAUUACUGCUGAAAUUUCAGAUAAACAGUUCUCACAACCAAAAGGAACAGAGAGAACAGUAAUGACAAAUGAGGUAAAGACAACAUUAUCAUCAUUACAUGAGUAUGAUACAGAAGGAAUGGACUACAGUACCACAGAGACAAACGAAAUUAUUGUUACAAGUGAAGGACAUGAUGCAAAGAACCACCAGCAGCAAACUUCUUACAACAUUCUUACUACAAAAAAUAUUGAAAAGUCACAAACAGCAGGUAUCACUGGAGAUACAGAACAAGUGACUUCAGUACCUAUCAUUCAGGCCGGAGGAUCGCAGGAUGGACAAUACUCUAAUAAAGUCAAUGCACAAACUCUUAAAAAUGUCACAGAAAUAAUUACGCAGCAACAUACUGAGAUUGCCAAGCAUACUUCACAGCCUCGUCAGACGUUAGUAACAGACUCAACGACAAAGCAGACACUGGCAGAAUACAGUCCAAAAACUAACUUAAGAACUCAAGCUGUUAUGAUGCAAACUACUACAACACUGGAACACACUAAACAACUGAACAGAACCAUUUUUGAGUAUUCAGAAACUACUGAACCUCAGCCAACACAGCUCAUAACAGGAAACACCCACACACUGGACUACACAAUGGGAAUCACUCUCAAACACACAGAGAGCAUCCCACCUCAGACAGAAUCUCCAUUGUGCUUCUCUAAUACUGACUGUCCAGGUAACAUGUCAUGCAUCAAUGCAAGUUGUAAGAACCCCUGUUCCAUCAAUAGUCCUUGUAGAAAUGGCGCAGCCUGUGUUGUCAGAAACCAUUAUCCAGUGUGCCUUUGUCCAUCACAUGAGAACCAGACCACAGCCACUGUUGAAUGUAGAACACUGCCAGUUAUUGGCUGCAUCAACAACAAUCAGUGCCCUGCUCAAUUUGCAUGCAUCAAAGGCAAAUGUCAGAAUCCAUGCACUGUCUCCAAUCCAUGCAGCACUCAACAUGAUUGUGAAGUACGUGAUCAUCAACCUGUCUGCAUAAAAGUUUGUUCCUGCCAAAAAUCGAGUGACUGCAGAUCUGGUCUCAUAUGUGAUGGCUGCAACUGUGUUUCUACAAGUACCGAACCAAAUGUGGUACCAUCUGGUUGUGAACACUGCCCACCUGGCAUGUUAUGCAAUCCAACAACUGGUGCUUGCUACAAAGUAACCGACGACCAGGAAAGUGGCACAUCUAUCACUACACAGCCAAGCCCGGGCAUUGUGGAAAAAGGAAUUGAGACAGUAACCCCGACAAUGACAGAAAUAGGUGAAACAACCAAACUAAACACUGAAGGAACUGCACAAACAAACACAGUAGUACCUACCAUACUUAGCAUGGAUGAGGAAAACACGACUAUAGAACCUCCGUCAGAUGUGACUUUAUCUGAUAAUAAAGUUUCCGACACAGGACCUCAAAUAUUCUCUACAACAGAAAUGGCAAGUACAACAGCAGUAAAUACAGAAAUAUUGCCUACUUCAGGUGACAUUGAGUCAACACCUAAUGAAAUGACAACAAAGGCAGUGUCUGUGGGAGUGACGGAAACGACACAAGGUGUACCUCUUAUAGAAUUACUGCCAACAGAAACGGCCACACAGGAAAGUUCAACCAAUGAAGAGGUGGUUACUGUUACAGCUAUUCCGGAGGCACAAGAACCGACAUCUGUUCCUGUUACUAUGCAAACAGAACUUUCUACAUCUGGCCUGGUAACAGAAAUGCAGGAUUUUAGCACAACAAAAUCAAGUAUGGAAACAGAAUCUGUAACUAAACUACCUGUAACACAGAGGGAAAUCAAUUUUGAGACUCCAACAGAUUCUGAAUCUCUUAUCACAAAAGUUGCAGAGGUGACUACAGCAGCAAAUGAUGAGAGUUACUUUGAAUCAGUGACAAUUACUACAGAAACUUCCUCUGGGAGGGACUUAAAUUUUACAACAACUUCUAUGAGCGAAGAGGCAAGUUUAACAGAAAUCACAACAGCAGGGACCACAUUAGUGACAACCAGAGAAGACACAAGAUCAGGAACCACAGUAGUGACAACCAGAGAAGAAUUGUCAGAACCACUAGUACCAUCUACCACGGACAUAUCAGAACAGGCAAUUACAAGUCCUUCACCAACAGUUACUGAGACAAAAAUUUUAGAUGCCCAAACUGAACCUGCAAAGGAAACCACAGAAAUGAAUUAUAACAACCAAGAAGUUACAACACAACGUGCUAUGAAUCUGAUAACAGAGCCUGAGUUUUCUGAAGGAAGUACAGAGACAGGUACAACACAGCAACCCACAAGAGCCCCAACAACAUUCGAAUACACAAGUACACCUCAGCAAGAGGCAGCAACAGAAGAAUUACCAAGCAGUACUCAGGUAGAACUCGGAGAAGGUAUGACCACAGAAAUACCGAGACAGGUUUUUGAGACAAGACAACCAGAUGAAAGUAGUACAAUGCGCACAGAGUCACAGGAAAUGACAACUGAAUUAAAUGAUGAAACCACUACUGGCGCAUCAGACACCAAGGUGAAUGAUAUAACUGAUGUGCCAACAGACACAACUCUGCCAAUUGCUACAAUUAGUUUCACACAAAAUAUAAAUGACAGUAAUCAAGUUCCAACAACACUUGCUCCUGACAUCACUAUCACAACUGAUAUUUCCAUAAAUACCACUCCAAGCCUAGAAGCUACAACCAAAGAUGAAAAUGCCUUUCCAUCUGAAAUUAGUACUACAACUGCAACACCAGAGGUUUUCACAACAGACAGAAACCUACAAGUGGGCCAGUCUACUCUGCAGAGCACCACACAAGUAACCACAGAAUUCUUUCCAGUAUCAGAGGCCACAACAGAAAAUAUUGUAACUGAAACAGAGAUUUCACCACGUGACAUAGGAACAACAACCACAGAUUAUCAGACUACAAUAAAUAACAUUGCAGAAACAAGUACUCGUGCACAGGACACUGAAGGAACAGAAAACGACAUACAGACCAGUACCUCAUCUGAAGGUGCUGUUGGCAUAACUACAGAACAAAUGCAAACCACUAAAUUCAAAAUGGAUGAAGUAGUAACUGUGACGCAAGAAACAGAAACCAUAACAGAAAGUAGGAUUAAUAUCUUGGAAGAUCAACCAACAACAAUGGAAGCAUACACAAUUAAUCAGCUUACUGGAAAAGAGGACGAAAGUACAGUAACAACUGAGGCAAGCCCAUCAACAUUUGAAACAACUACAAUGAAUGAACAAACAACACUGCUGACGGAAGCAACAACUCAGACAACAGCAAGUACAGUUACAGCAGAAGUACAGCCUGACACAGUGACACUCACUACCACAGAGCCCACAGAUGGUUACAAAACAGAAUCAUCAGCAUAUGAGACAACAACACUGCGUAAUGAAUUGACAGUAACUGACACAGAAUCCUCUGUAAAUGACUUGGAGACAGAAAAUCCAAAUACCCCACCUAGUGUAACUGAAUCACCUCUAACAGAAAGUAGUGCAGGAACCACAACAACAGCUGAGAGUAUGCUAGAACUGACAUCAGAAUUUAUGGAAAGUGAGACAAUUACAAGUACAACAGAAACAUCUACUACUCCAUCUGACUUUGACAACAGAUUUGAGACUACUACAACUAUUCCAUGUACUGUUGACAAAGACUGUCCUGAGACUGAAGCCUGUCGGGAUGGCCUGUGUCUCAAUCCUUGUGUGGGCACUUGUGGAUCCGGUGCCAUAUGCACAGUCUCAAACCACACCACACUUUGCACUUGCCCAAUCGGGCAUCCUGGAAAUGCAACCGUGGACUGCCAACGAGAACCCACAGGAUUGCCGAAGGCACCCAGCCCCUGUGAAUCUGACAAUGACUGCCUCGACUCGGAGGCAUGCUACGGGCAGCUGUGCCAAGACCCGUGUGAGUUUUCCAAGGCAUGUGCCCCCACUGCUAAGUGUCAACCAAAGGCACACAGGCCAGUCUGCACUUGCCCCACUGGCUACGAAGGCGAUCCUGCAGUAAAGUGCUUCCUGUCAGAACCAUUGAGUUGUGCAAGCAACGCUGACUGUCCCCUGACUGAAGCUUGCAUUGACCAAAAAUGUCAACGGCCCUGUGAAGUUCGCAAUCCUUGUGCUCAAAAUGCUGUCUGCAUCAACACAAAUCAUGGCACAGAUUGCAGCUGUGCAGAAGGAUAUCAUGGGAAUGGAUAUGUGGGAUGUGUGCCAGUAACAGGACCAAAGAACGUUUGUCAGUACAAUGAGGACUGCCCUCCAGACAAGCUGUGUGACAGGCUGAACAGGGUUUGCAUAAAUCCUUGCUUGGAAGAAGCAUGUGGUGAAAAUGCUGAAUGUGUUCCAACAAAUCAUGCUAUUGACUGCAGAUGCUUAGCUGGCUACUCAGGAAAUCCUUAUGUACAGUGCAACAGAGUUGCAGGCUGCCGCAGUGACAAUGAAUGCCCUGCAAAUGAGGCCUGUGUUAAUGGCAGAUGUGGAAAUCCUUGUCAGUGUGGAAUUAACGCAGUAUGCAACGUUCUGAAACAUAAGCCAGUUUGUAAAUGUUUACAAGGAUAUACAGGAAACCCGGAAGUGGAAUGUAGAGCACCAUCGGAUCCUUGCAAUCCAAACCCUUGUGGCAUAAAUGCUAAGUGCGAGCUUGACAAUGGGAACCCAAUAUGUUACUGUCCUAAGGGAAUGACUGGCAAUCCGUUCAAAAACUGCAUUCCAGAGGGCGAGCCGUGCUCGCCGAACCCGUGCGGGCCCAAUUCCGGGUGCCGGCGCGUGGCUGGGUCGCCCGUGUGUUUCUGCCUGCCCGAGUUCGAAGGUAGCCCGCCAGCGCGUCCGUGCCGGCCGCCGACCAGCCCGUGCGAACCGUCACCUUGCGGGCCCAACACGCAGUGCGCCGUGCAGCAGAGCGGCAUCGCACGCUGCACCUGCCUCCCCGGCUUCGUCGAGAGCCCCAACACGGUGCGCGGCUGCGUGCCUCGCCGCUCACACUGCGACCCGUCGCCAUGCGGGCCCGGCGCCGCCUGCGACCCCGACCGCGACCCACCAUGCUACUGCCCCGACAACACCGUGGGGAACCCGUACCGUGGCUGCGCAGAGCGCACCAAGACGCUGUGUAAGCCCGGUCCGUGCGGCGCGAACGCCGUGUGCUACGUGGUGUCGGGCGGCCGCGAGGAGUGCGACUGCCGGCCCGGCUUUUCCGGAGACGCGUACUCGGGUUGCACGGCGCAGCCGCCCAGCCCGUGCGAGCCGAACCCGUGCGGCCCCGGCGCGCGCUGCGAGGUGACCCCCAGCGGGCUGCCCAUGUGCCAGUGCCCCGCCGGGCUCUCGGGAGACCCGACCGGUCCCAAGGGCUGCGGCGGGCCCGAGUGCCGCACCGACGACGACUGCCCACUCACCCUGGCCUGCACCGGCCUGCGCUGCAGGGACCCCUGCCCCGGCUCCUGCGGCGUCGGCGCCUCCUGCCGCGUCGAGAAGCACCACCCCGUCUGCACCUGCCUGCACGGACUCGUCGGCAACCCGCUGCUGCGCUGCUCGCCUCCGCAAGCGUCUCCGUGCGAGCCCAGCCCGUGCGGCGCCAACACCCGCUGCCAGGUGAUGGGCGGGCGCGCCGUUUGCACCUGCCUGGACGGUUUCUUCGGCGACCCGCAGGCCGGCUGCCGGCCCGAGUGCACGCUCAACUCUGACUGCGCGCCCGACAAGGCGUGCCUCGACAUGCGCUGCGUCAACCCGUGCGCCGCGGGCGGCGGCUCGCUCUGCGGCCUGGGCGCCGUCUGCAACGUGCGCGACCACACCGCCGUCUGCGAGUGCCCGCCCGGCUACAUCGGCAGCGCAUUCCUGCAGUGCGUGCCCAGGCCUUCGCCGCCGCCAGAGGCGAACCUGACGGCGUGGCGGCCCUGCUCGCCGUCGCCGUGCCUGGCCGGCGAGACGUGCGACGCCGUGUCCGGCGGCGUGGCGGCGUGCCUGCCGUGCCGCGGCCCGCUCUGCCGGCCCGAGUGUCUCACCGACUCGGACUGCCCGUUCGACCGCGCGUGCGUGGGCCGCGCCUGCGUCGACCCCUGCCCCGGCGCCUGCGGCCUGCGCGCCGUCUGCCAGGUCGUCCGCCACCAGCCCAUCUGCAGCUGCCCGCCGCCGCUGCGCGGGAACCCCUUCGAGUACUGCGUACAGCCUGUUGCUGGAGACAAGACGGACACGUGUGCGACGGUGCGCUGCGGCGCUAACGCCGUGUGCCGCGAACGCGGAGGCGUCGUGGCCUGCGAGUGCGUGGCCGGCUUCGCGGGCGACCCGUACCUGGCGUGCCGCCCCGAGUGCGUCAUCAACUCCGACUGCCCGCGCGACAAGGCGUGCGUCAACAGCAAGUGCGUUGACCCCUGUGUCGGCGCCUGCGGCCUCAACGCCCAGUGCCAGUGCAUCAAUCACGUCGCUGUCUGCUACUGCCCACCGUCAACAUCCGGAGACCCGUUCGUCAACUGCUUCCCGUUCAAGCCUGAGCCGACGCUGCCGCGUCCGACGAACCCGUGCGACCCGUCGCCGUGCGGGCCCAACAGCCGCUGCCUGCCGUCCUCACAGGGCUACGCGGCGUGCUCGUGCCUGCCCGGCUACGUAGGCGCGCCGCCCGUUUGCAAGCCCGAGUGCGUCGUCAGCUCGGACUGCCCGCAGUGGCAGGCGUGCCUCAGCCAGCGCUGCGCCGACCCCUGCCCUGGCACCUGCGGGCUCAACGCGCUCUGCCAAGUCGUCAACCACAACCCCAUCUGCUCCUGCCCGCCCAACUACCAGGGAGACCCCUUCACCAGCUGCCACCCUCCUCUUGUGGAAGGCGAACCGAAGCAGCCGAGCGGCGACCCGUGCAAGCCGACGCCGUGCGGGCCGUACUCUGAGUGCGUCGUGAAGCAGGGCCGGCCCGUGUGCUCGUGCCAGGCCAGCUACCUGGGCAGCCCGCCCUUCUGCCGGCCCGAGUGCGUGCUCAGCCAGGAGUGCCCGCCCUCCAAGGCGUGCAUCAGUGAACGCUGCCGCGACCCCUGCCAGCAGGUGUGCGGCUCCAACGCCAAGUGCGACGUCGUCAACCACACGCCCUUCUGCUCCUGCCUGCCCGGCUUCGAGGGCGACGCUUUCGUCGGAUGUACGCCUGUGCGAGAGCCUGUGGACAUCCCGAUGGACCCGUGCAUGCCGAACCCGUGCGGCGUAAACGCGCAGUGCUCGUCGCAGAACGGCGCUGCGCGCUGCACGUGUAUCCCGCCCAACAUCGGCGACGCUUACGGCACGGGCUGUCGGCCCGAGUGCGUCAUCAACUCGGACUGCGCGGCGCACCUCGCUUGCGUCAACAAGCACUGCCGCGACCCCUGCCAGGGGCUGUGCGGCGCCGGCGCGCGCUGCGACGUCGUCAACCACGUCGCCGUCUGCAGCUGCCCGCCAGGGCUCAAGGGCGACCCCUUCAGCGCCUGCAGGGUCGAGACCACCACUCCGGUGAUUGUGACCGAUCCGUGCCAACCGUCGCCUUGUGGACCGAACAGCGUGUGCCGCACUGUGUCUGGACACGCGGUGUGCUCCUGCCAGCAGGGCUUCCUGGGAUCACCGCCUUCCUGUAGACCCGAAUGCGUCGUCAGCUCUGAGUGCGCCCAAAACAAAGCGUGUAUCAAUCGCAAGUGCGUCGACCCGUGCCCAGGGACCUGCGGCCUUAACGCACGAUGCCAGGUCAUCAACCACAAUCCCAUAUGCUCCUGUGCGCCUGAGUACACUGGAGAUCCGUUCACCAUCUGCAACGUGGCUAAAGGGCCGGAGAUGGUAUCGCAGAACCCGUGUGUGCCGUCACCGUGCGGUCCGAACGCUGAGUGCCGAGUGUCUGGAGAGCGCGCCGUGUGCAGCUGCUCGCCCGGUAUGCUGGGCACACCGCCCUCUUGCCGGCCGGAGUGCGUCAUCCACGAAGACUGCCCCGCCACGCUGGCGUGCGUGCGCGCGCGCUGCCGCGACCCCUGCGCCGGCUCCUGCGGCUUCAACGCGCGCUGCGAGGUGCGCGCGCACCAGCCCGUCUGCUCCUGUCUGCCCGGCUUCGAGGGCGACCCCUUCUCCGGCUGCAACCCCGUACAAGUGGUGGCGGUGGAAGCGCCGCGCCGGCCGUGCCAGCCGUCGCCGUGCGGGCCGAACGCCGAGUGCCGCGAGCGGCGCGGCGCGGGCGCGUGCUCGUGCCGACCCGGCUACCACGGCGACCCUUAUGCGGGCUGCAGGCCCGAGUGCGUGCUGUCGUCAGACUGCCCGCGGCACCUCGCCUGCACCGCCAACCGCUGCCGGGACCCGUGUCCCGGCACGUGCGGCGUGCGCGCCCUCUGCCUCGUCGCCAACCACGUGCCCACCUGUGGCUGCCCCGCCGGCUUCACUGGAGACGCUACCCGAUCAUGUUUUCCGAUACCUGCCAUACAAUAUUCGCCGCCGGCUCCCCGCGACCCGUGCGCGGCCGGGACUUGUGGUCCGCACAGCAAGUGCCGCGUCGUGGACGGGCACGCCGUUUGCAGCUGCAGGCCGGGCUGCGUUAACACGCCGCCCAACUGCCGGCCCGAGUGCGUCGUCAGCGCCGAGUGCGCGCUCAACAGGGCGUGCGUCGCGCAGCGCUGCGUUGAUCCCUGCCCCGGCACCUGCGGCCGCAAUGCGCGUUGCCUUGUCGUCAACCACAGCCCCGUCUGCAGCUGUGCUCCAGGCUACACAGGAGACCCUUUCGUUCGCUGCGUCAGACCUCAAACCCCUGCCGUGGUGGCGCCUGCGAGCAGUGACCCGUGCGUGCCCUCGCCGUGCGGCCCCAGCUCGCAGUGUCGAUCUGUGGGCGGCAGGCCGGCUUGCACGUGCCUGCCCAACUACGUGGGCCGCGCGCCCAACUGCCGCCCCGAGUGCACCAUCGACGGUCAGUGCGCCGCCCACCUGGCUUGCCAGGGCAUGCGCUGCCGGGACCCGUGCCCCGGCUCCUGUGGGCCCUUCGCCGUCUGCAGGGUAGUCAAUCACGGGCCUGUCUGCACGUGCUUACCCGGAUAUAUUGGUGAUCCUUUCUCAGGAUGCACUAUCGCUCCUCCAACUGUCCAUCAAGAGCCAGUGACUCCCUGCAAUCCAUCGCCCUGCGGGGCAAAUGCCGUGUGCAAAGACCGCCACGGCGCAGGCUCUUGCACGUGCCUGCCCGGUUACUUCGGAGACCCUUACACGGGCUGCAGGCCCGAGUGCGUGCUCAACACAGACUGCGACCGUAGCAAGGCGUGCGUCAACAACAAGUGUAGGGACCCGUGUCCCGGCACCUGCGGGCUCAAUGCCGAAUGCCGCGUCGUCAACCACGCGCCUUCUUGCAGCUGUCUUCCUGGCUUUAUAGGCAACCCUCUCAAAAGUUGCCAAGCUAUUUCUGUGACUCCGCCGCCCGCACCGCAAGACCCGUGCCUGCCCUCGCCGUGCGGCGAGUUCGGCGUGUGCCGUGUGUCCGCCGGGCACGCCGUCUGCUCAUGUCAACAAGGCUACAUCGGCGCGCCGCCCACCUGCCGCCCCGAAUGUAUUGUGAGCGCAGACUGUCCUCAGGAUAAGGCCUGUACAAGGCAGAGAUGUGUAGACCCUUGCCCCGGCACAUGCGGGCUCAACGCGCGUUGCCAGGUGGUCAACCACAAUCCCAUCUGCUCCUGUGCUGCAGGACUCACGGGCGACCCGUUUGUGCGCUGCCACAAGGAAGACAAACCUAUAGUUCGUCCGCCGAGCGGCAAUCCAUGUGUUCCAUCUCCUUGUGGUCCAAACUCACAGUGUCGUGUGGUGGGCACACAGCCUGCGUGCUCAUGCUUGGCCAAUUACAUUGGCCGUCCGCCGAACUGCCGGCCAGAGUGCACGCUGAACGCUGAGUGUCCUAGCAACUUGGCUUGUCAAUCUGAACGCUGCAGGGAUCCUUGCCUAGGUUCUUGUGGACCACACACCACAUGUGUCGUCGUUAAACAUGCGCCAAUAUGCAAAUGCUUGCCAGGCUUUACGGGAGACCCGUUCGCCGGAUGCGUACCAGCACCAACUCAAUCGCCCGUCGAAGCACCACGAAACCCUUGCAACCCGUCGCCUUGUGGUGCCAACGCAGUGUGCAAGGAAAGGCAGGGAGCUGGAUCUUGUGUGUGUCUUCCUGAGUAUUUCGGAGACCCGUACUCAGGAUGCAGGCCAGAGUGUGUGCUUAACACCGACUGUGACCGAAGCAAGGCGUGCGUCAACAACAAGUGCAGGGAUCCGUGUCCCGGAACCUGCGGCAUCAAUGCGGAAUGUCGCGUCAUCAACCAUGCGCCUUCUUGCAGCUGUCUUCCAGGCUAUAUUGGAAACCCUCUUAACUCUUGCCAUCUGCCUCCUACUCCAACCGCAGAGCCGCCCCGGGACCCGUGCAAGCCGUCGCCCUGCGGCCCGUUCAGCGUGUGUCGCGUGACGAACGGACAUGCCGUCUGCUCGUGCCAGAGCGGCUACGUAGGGGCGCCGCCCACGUGCCGGCCAGAGUGCGUCGUCAGCACAGAGUGCCCGCAGGACAAGGCGUGCGUCAACCAGAAGUGCGUCGACCCCUGCCCCGGCACCUGCGGCCUCAAUGCCCGCUGCCAAGCCGUCAAUCAUAACCCCAUUUGCUCUUGCGCUCCCGGCUACACAGGAGACCCCUUCUCUAGAUGUAUCAAGGAGCAGAAGCCUAUAGCACAGCCGCCUAGUGGCAACCCGUGUGUGCCAUCACCGUGUGGGCCCAAUUCGCAGUGCCGUGUUGUCGGGACGUCCCCUGCAUGUUCUUGCCUGCCAAACUACGUGGGACGGCCACCCAACUGCCGGCCAGAGUGCACACUGAACGAGGAGUGCCCGAGUGCGCUGGCUUGUCAGUCUGAGCGCUGCAGAGACCCUUGUCCAGGCUCGUGCGGAGCGCACACUACUUGUACCGUAGUCAAGCACGCACCUAUAUGCACAUGUCUGCCAGGUUUCACAGGAGACCCAUUUGCCGGCUGCGCAGCUGUACCAUCUCAAGCGCCCGUCGAGACGCCACGAGACCCGUGUAAUCCAUCGCCUUGCGGUGCGAACGCGCUGUGUAAAGAAAGACAAGGCGCUGGCUCGUGUGUCUGCCUUCCUGAGUACUUCGGAGAUCCGUACACGGGAUGCAGGCCCGAGUGCGUGCUCAACACGGAUUGCGAUCGUAGCAAGGCUUGCGUUAACAACAAGUGCAGAGACCCGUGUCCCGGCACUUGCGGACUCAAUGCUGAAUGCCGCGUCGUCAACCACGCACCUUCUUGCAGCUGUUUACCAGGAUACAUUGGAAACCCUCUAAGUUCUUGCCAUCUCCCUCCGUCUAUACCAAAAGAAGAACCGACGAAGGACCCAUGCAAGCCGUCUCCCUGUGGGCCGUUCAGCGUGUGUCGUGUGACAAAUGGACACGCCGUCUGCUCGUGCCAGAAGGGCUAUAUAGGGGCUCCGCCCGCCUGCAAACCGGAGUGCGUCGUAAGCACAGAAUGUCCGCAGAACAGGGCGUGCGUCAAGCAGAAGUGCACAGACCCCUGCCCUGGUACAUGUGGCAUAAACGCUCGCUGCCAAGUCGUCAACCACAAUCCUCUGUGCUCUUGUGCCCCUGGUUUCACUGGAGAUCCAUUCACUAGGUGUAUUAAGGAAGAAAAACCAGUCGCACAACCGCCGAGCGGGAACCCGUGCGUGCCGUCGCCGUGCGGGCCCAACUCGCAGUGCCGCACCGUGGGCACUCAGCCUGCGUGCUCCUGUCUGCCCAACUACGUGGGGCGUCCGCCCAACUGCCGGCCCGAGUGCACGCGUAACGAGGAAUGCCCCAGCGCCCUCGCUUGCCAGUCGGAGCGCUGCAGGGACCCCUGCCCCGGCUCCUGCGGCGCACAGACCACGUGCACAGUCGUCAAGCAUGCGCCCAUGUGCCUCUGCAGGCCUGGUUUCACCGGCAACCCGUUCAGCGGGUGCUCCCAGAUUAUACAACUACCAACUUCAACGGAAGGCCCACGAGACCCAUGUAAUCCUUCGCCUUGUGGUGCGAACGCCGUAUGCAAAGAGCGCCAGGGCGCGGGCUCUUGUACGUGCUUACCCGAGUACUUUGGAGACCCUUACACGGGCUGCAGGCCCGAGUGCGUGCUCAACACAGACUGCGACCGUAGCAAGGCGUGCGUCAACAACAAGUGCAGGGACCCGUGUCCCGGCACCUGCGGAACCAACGCCGAGUGCCGUGUUGUCAACCACGCGCCUUCCUGUACCUGCCUGCCGGGAUACUCUGGAAAUCCCCUCACUGCAUGCGUACUCAGGGAGCCCACCGUGCAGGAGAAGCCGCGCAACCCGUGCGAGCCGUCGCCGUGCGGGCCCAACAGCGUGUGCCGCGUCACGGACGGACACGCCGUCUGCUCGUGCAGCACCGGCUUCGUGGGCGCGCCGCCCAACUGUCGGCCCGAGUGCCUCGUGAGCUCCGAGUGCCCGCAGAACAGAGCGUGCUCGCGCCAGAAGUGCGUAGACCCGUGCCCAGGCACCUGCGGCAGGGCCGCGCGCUGCCAGGUAGUCAACCACAACCCCAUCUGCUCGUGCCCGCCGGGAUACACUGGAGACCCCUUCUCCCGCUGCGUCAAAGAGCCUACUGCUCUCAGGAAGCCCCGUGUGCCGCCACGCCGGCUGAGCCGCCGCACGCUCGCGUCCCUUACAGAGCCCGUGACGCCCCCCGCGCCGCCGAGGGACCCUUGCUCGCCGUCGCCGUGCGGACCCAACUCGCAGUGCCGCGCCGUGGGCUCGCAGCCCGCGUGCUCCUGCCUGCCCAACUACGUGGGGCGAGCCCCCAACUGCCGGCCCGAGUGCUCCUCUGACGGCGACUGCCCCGGCAACAGGGCGUGCCGUGACCUGCGCUGCGUCGACCCGUGCCGAGGCGCGUGCGGCUUCCUCGCCAUGUGCGUGGCAGCCAACCACCGCGCCGUCUGCACCUGCCCGCAGAACUACCGCGGCGACCCCAACACCAACUGCGUGCUCGCCCCGCCAUCGACGGAGCGCACGCCUGCGUCGACGCCGUGCCAGCCGUCGCCCUGCGGGCCGAACGCCGAGUGCCGCGAGCGCGGCGGCGCCGGCGCGUGCUCGUGCCUGCCCGGCUACCAGGGAGACCCGUACGCCAAGGACGGCGCGCGCGGCUGCCGGCGCGAGUGCGAGGCGUCCAGCGACUGCGCGCCGCACCUGGCCUGCGUCGCCUACCGCUGCGCCGACCCCUGCCCCAACACCUGCGGGGUCGGAGCCGUCUGCACCGUCGCUAACCACGUACCCGUCUGCAACUGCCCACCCGACUUCACCGGAGACCCAUUCUUCUCCUGCCGCCGUGUGCAAGUCACCACUCGGCCGACGGUGGUCGACCCAUGCGUGCCCAGCCCGUGCGGGCCGAAUGGCGUGUGCCGCGUGGUGAACGAGCAGGCGGUGUGCUCGUGCCUGGCGGGCUACAUCGGUGCCCCGCCCAACUGCCGGCCCGAAUGCGUCGUCAGCUCCGAGUGUCCGGAUGACCGCGCCUGCAUUAACAACAAGUGCGCCGACCCGUGCCCCAACACGUGCGGCGUGGGCGCCCGCUGCAGCGCACGCAACCACAGCCCCAUCUGCGCCUGUCCGCAGGGCACCACCGGGGACCCAUUCUCCAGGUGCACGCGUCUACUGGUGGACGAGCCGGUGACGCCGCGGCCGCCGUCGUGCACGCCAUCGCCGUGCGGGCCGAACGCCCAGUGCCAGAUGGUGGGCGGGGUGCCCGCGUGUUCGUGCCUGCCGGACUACCGCGGCUCGCCGCCCAACUGCCGGCCCGAGUGCGUGCUCAGCUCCGAGUGCCCCAGCCAGCUGGCGUGCGUGCGCCUGCGCUGCCAGGACCCGUGCCCCGGCUCGUGCGGCCACGGCGCCGAGUGCAGGGUCCAGAACCACGUGCCCGUCUGCACUUGCGGGCCGGGACUCACCGGUGACCCCUUCUCGCGGUGCGACCCCAUCCCGGUCACGCCCAGCACCGAGGCCACCGUCACCGACCCGUGCAGUCCGUCGCCUUGCGGUCCUAACGCCAUCUGCAGCGGCCAAGGAGAGUGUACCUGCCUGCCCGACUACCAGGGCAACCCGUACGAGGAGUGCCGGCCGGAGUGCGUGACGAACGGCGAGUGCCCGCGCGACAAGGCGUGCCUGCGCAGCAAGUGCCGCGACCCGUGCGUCGGCACCUGUGGCCAGAACGCGCGCUGUGACGUCGUCAACCACAUCCCCGUCUGCGCCUGCCUCGACGGCUACACCGGCGACCCCUUCACCAACUGCAGAAUCGCCCUCACAGAGAAACCGCCGUCUCCUACUGACCAGUGCAGGCCGUCGCCUUGCGGGCCCAACAGCCAGUGCCGCGCGUCGGACGGUCACGCCGUGUGCUCCUGCCUGUCUGGCUACGUGGGCGCGCCGCCUUCCUGCAGGCCCGAAUGCGUCGUCAGCGCCGAGUGUCCGCAGACGCGCGCCUGCGUCAACAAGAAGUGCACCGACCCCUGCCUAGGUUCCUGCGGCCUGGGAGCGCGCUGCGAGGUCAUCAACCACAGCCCCAUCUGCUCCUGCCGACCUGGCCAGACUGGCGAUCCGUUCCGAAGCUGCCAGGACCUACCACCGCCGACGAAGGAUGAGCCGGUGAGCCCUUGCGAGCCGUCGCCGUGCGGUCCGAACGCGCAGUGCCAGCCGGCGGGAGGCGUGCCGUCGUGCUCGUGCCUGGAAGGCUACGUCGGCUCUCCGCCCAACUGCCGGCCCGAGUGCGUCAUCAGCCCCGACUGCCCGUCAAACCUGGCGUGCGUCAACGGCAAGUGCCGCGACCCUUGCCCCGGCUCCUGCGGCGUCAACGCGCAGUGCCAGAUCAUCAGCCACGCUGUCACCUGCAUAUGCGCCCCUGGCUACACCGGCGAUCCCUUCGUGCAGUGCACGCCACACAUACCCGCCGAGGAGACGCGCAACCCGUGCGAGCCGUCGCCGUGCGGCACGAACGCGGUGUGCAGCCAGCGCAACGGCGCGGGCUCGUGCGCCUGCCUGCCCGACUACCAGGGCAACCCGUACGAGGCGUGCCGGCCCGAGUGCGUGCUCAGCUCCGACUGCCCCACGGACCGCGCCUGCCAGAGGAACCGCUGCGAGGACCCCUGCCCGGGCGUGUGCGGCCUCAACGCGCAGUGCUCCGUCAUCAACCACAUCCCCACCUGCACCUGCCUGCCCGGCUACGAGGGCGACCCCUUCGCCACCUGCACACGGACGCCGCCGGCAGUGACGACGCCGCAGACAGUUCGAGAACCAUGUCAGCCGUCGCCGUGCGGUCCCAACAGCCAGUGCCGCGCGGUCGGCGGCCAGGCGGUGUGCUCGUGCCAGCAGGGCUACAGCGGCGCGCCGCCCAACUGCCGGCCCGAGUGCGUCGUCAACGCCGAGUGCCAGCAGACGCGCGCCUGCCACCGCUUCAAGUGCGCGGACCCCUGCCCGGGCACGUGCGGCCUCGAGGCGCGCUGCCAAGUCAUCAACCACAACCCCAUCUGCUCCUGCCCGCCCGGCUACACAGGCGACCCGUUCGCGCGCUGCUACCGCCAGCCGGCCGAGCCGGUGCAGCCGGCCACUCCCGUCGACCCCUGCAGGCCUUCACCGUGCGGGCCCAACGCAGACUGCCAGCCACAGGGAGACCGUCCUUCGUGUUCCUGCCAACCUGGCUACAUAGGAGUGCCGCCCUCGUGCCGACCGGAGUGUGUAGUCAACACAGACUGUGCACCAACGAAGGCCUGUGUGGCUGAGAAGUGUCGCGAUCCUUGCGCCGGCUCGUGCGGCUUCGGCGCCGAGUGUCGCGUGCAGAACCACAUCCCUACCUGCACCUGCCCUGCCGGUAUGACUGGUGACCCGUUCGUCACGUGCACGCAGCUCGUGGUGGAGAAGCCGCCGCCAGAAGACCCGUGCAACCCGUCGCCCUGCGGCCCCGGCGCGCGAUGCGACGACGGCAGCUGCAGCUGCCCGCCCGAGUACCAGGGCGACCCCUACUCGGCCGCCGGCUGCCGGCCCGAGUGCACCACCAACAACGACUGCCCGCGCAACCGCGCCUGCACCAACUUCCGCUGCGUCGACCCGUGCGCCGGCACCUGCGGCCAGGGCGCGCGCUGCGACGUCGUCAACCACAUCCCUACCUGCUCCUGCCCGGAGGGAACGUCUGGCGACCCCUUCACUCUCUGCAGAACUGUACAGGCUGUCGCUACGCGAGAUCCGUGCCAGCCGUCGCCGUGCGGCCCCGGCGGGCUGUGCCGGGUGGUGGACGGCCACGCGGUGUGCUCGUGCCAGCCGGGCUUGGUGGGCGCGCCGCCCUCUUGCCGGCCCGAGUGCGUCGUCAGCGCCGAGUGCCCGCUCACGCAUGCCUGCCUCGCCACCAAGUGCGUCGACCCGUGCCCGGGCACCUGCGGCGUCAACGCGCGCUGCCACGUCGUCAACCACAACCCCAUCUGCUCCUGUGCACCGGGCUUCACCGGUGAUCCCUUCUCCAGAUGCUUCCAGCAGCGAGUUCCAGAGGACAAGCCGACAGUGCCGGAGAACCCCUGCUUGCCUUCGCCGUGCGGUCCGAACGCGCAAUGCCAAGUCCGAGGGGCCGGCCCCGCUUGCACGUGUCUCGACGGUUACGUGGGCGCACCGCCCUCUUGUAGGCCCGAGUGUACCAUCAAUCCCGAGUGCCAAAGUAGGUUCGCGUGUAUCAAUCAGCGUUGCGCUGACCCGUGUCCGGGAUCGUGCGGUUCGAAUGCCGAGUGCCGCGUCGUGAAUCACACGCCCGUCUGCAGCUGCGUCCCUGGAUUCACCGGAGACCCCUUCACCGGAUGCAGUCCUGCUCCACAAGCACCGGCAGUGGAGGAGCGCCCCACGCCGUGCUCGCCGUCCCCCUGCGGCGCCAACGCAGUGUGCAGAGAGCGCAACGGCGCCGGCUCGUGCUCCUGCCUGCCAGACCACGUGGGCAACCCGUACGAGGGCUGCAGGCCCGAGUGCGUGCUCAGCUCCGACUGCCCGCCCGAGAGAGCCUGCGUGCGCUCCAAGUGCGCCGACCCGUGCCUCGGCACGUGCGGCCUCAACGCCGACUGCGCCGUCGUCAAUCACGCCCCCACCUGCUCGUGCCGCCCCGGCUUCACUGGCGACCCCUUCCGCCAGUGUUCGCCGGAGCCCACAGCCCCUGUAGCGGCCGAGCCUCAAGACCCCUGCAGGCCGUCGCCGUGCGGCCCGUACAGCGAGUGCCGGCGCGGGGCGUGCUCGUGCCUGCGGGGAUACGUGGGCGCGCCUCCCGCCUGCCGGCCCGAGUGCACGCUCAACGCCCAGUGCCCACCGCAGCGCGCAUGCGUAGAUUUGCGCUGCGUCGACCCCUGUCCCGGGCCCUGCGGCCAGCGGGCUGCAUGCCGUGUCCUAAACCACUCCCCAGUCUGUAGCUGUCCCCCUGGCCUCACGGGGGACCCUUUUGUCAGAUGUUAUCCCUCACCACCGCCUAUUUUGCAUCCUGCCGAGCCUGUGCAUGUCGACCCGUGCAUGCCUUCUCCCUGUGGUCCGUAUUCUGAAUGUCGCAACGUCGGAGGCUCUCCAUCUUGUGCGUGCCGACAGAAUUACAUUGGCACACCACCCAACUGCAGACCUGAAUGUGUUAUUAGUUCAGAGUGUCCAAAGAAUAAGGCUUGUAUAAGAGAGAAAUGUCGCGAUCCGUGUCCUGGAUCGUGUGGAAUUGCAGCUCAAUGCAGUGUCGUGAAUCAUACUCCUAUCUGCAGCUGCCCGGAAGGAUACACAGGAGACCCAUUCACAAGCUGCUCCCCAAAACCACCAGAACCUCCAGAGCCAGUGGUAACCGACCCAUGUAAUCCGUCACCAUGCGGACCUAACGCUCUCUGCCGAGAUGGCAGCUGUACUUGUCUUCCGGAGUACCAAGGAGAUCCUUACACGGGCUGUCGCCCCGAGUGUGUGUUGAGCACUGACUGUGACAGGACGAAAGCCUGCAUCAGGAACAAGUGCACAGAUCCUUGUCCAGGAACAUGCGGACAGGGUGCUGCAUGCAAUGUUGUUAACCAUAUCCCCAUAUGUACUUGCCCGGAAGGCACCUCUGGAAACGCUUUCGUGCUUUGCAGACCAGUACCACCUCCCAUAGCAACACAGCCAUGCAACCCGUCUCCAUGCGGUCCCAACAGCCAAUGUCGGGAGAUUAACGGCCAGGCUGUAUGUUCAUGUGUGCCGGGCUACCUUGGAAGCCCACCGGCGUGCAGGCCAGAGUGCGUUGUGAGUUCCGAUUGCAGCCAGAAUGAAGCCUGCAGCAACCAGAAAUGUAGAAAUCCUUGCCCAGGAACGUGUGGAAUUGGGGCUAAGUGUCAGGUGGUGAAUCACAACCCUAUCUGUAGCUGUCCACCGCGCCACUCGGGAGACCCGUUCACCAGAUGCCUGCCCAUACCUGAUUCGCCGGUGAGCAAGCCAGUGAACCCCUGCCAGCCGUCACCUUGUGGUCCAAAUGCUCAGUGCAAGGUAGCUGGAGACAGCCCCUCUUGCUCGUGCCUGCCAGAAUUCAAAGGCUCGCCACCAAACUGUCGGCCUGAGUGCGUCAGCAACAGCGAGUGUGCCAGCCAUCUGGCCUGUAUGGGGCAGAAGUGCAAAGACCCCUGUCCCGGAGCUUGUGGAUCAAAUGCUGAGUGCCGAGUGGUCAGCCACACGCCUACGUGUGUGUGUGCGGUUGGAUACACUGGAGACCCGUUCUCUCAGUGCUUUGUACAACCUGUAGCCGUGCCCCAGGAGAGGCCAACGCCCUGCUCUCCGUCGCCAUGUGGUUCGAAUGCAGUGUGUAGGGAACAGAAUGGCGCUGGAUCUUGCACUUGCCUACCAGAGUAUGUGGGCAAUCCGUACGAAGGCUGUCGGCCAGAGUGCGUGGUGAACACUGACUGUGCUCCCAACAGGGCAUGCAUUCGUAACAAGUGCCAAGACCCAUGCCCCGGCACGUGUGGCCCGAAUGCAGACUGCCAGGUGGUCAAUCACCUGCCAUCGUGCACAUGCCGGCCGGGAUACACUGGAGACCCGUUCCGAUACUGCACAGUGCAGGCUAGCGAACCUGUGGUAGCUGAACCAGGAGAUCCGUGCAGCCCAUCGCCAUGUGGUCCUAACAGCCAAUGUCGCCAAGUGAAUGGGCAGGCUGUGUGCUCAUGCCUACCGUCGUACAUUGGCAGUCCACCAGGCUGUAGACCAGAGUGUGUGGUGAGCUCCGAAUGCCCGCAGAACCGAGCCUGUGUGAACCAGAAGUGUGUGGACCCUUGCCCUGGGCCGUGUGGCCUCAAUACUCGCUGCCAGGUGAUCAACCACAGCCCAAUAUGCAGUUGCAAACAAGGAUAUACCGGAGACCCCUUCGCCAGAUGCCAUCCAAUUCCACCUCCACCUCAGAGGCCGAGUGCCCCAGUAGUUGUGAAUCCUUGCAUCCCAUCACCAUGUGGGCCGUAUUCUGAAUGUCGUGAUACAGGUGGCAAUCCUUCAUGCUCAUGCCUGGCAAAUUACAUUGGCGCUCCACCAAACUGCCGUCCCGAGUGCUCCAUCAACUCGGAGUGCCCCAGCAACAGGGCUUGUAUCAGGGAGAAGUGUCGUGACCCAUGUCCUGGGUCGUGUGGCAUUGGCGCACAGUGCAGUGUGAUCAACCACACCCCAGUGUGCACAUGCCCUGAGGGGUACACAGGAGAUCCAUUCACCAACUGCUUCCCAAAACCGACAAUUGCAGAACCUGUGGAAUCGGACCCGUGCAAUCCUUCGCCUUGCGGGCCUAACGCCGAAUGCCGAGAUGGCAGUUGUACUUGUCUUCGAGAAUACCAAGGAGACCCAUACACUGGUUGCCGGCCAGAGUGCGUGUUGAGUACUGAUUGUGACAGGACGAAAGCUUGCAUCAGGAACAAGUGUGCUGACCCCUGCCCAGGAACUUGCGGACAGGGUGCUCGAUGCGACGUAGUCAACCACAUCCCCAUCUGUACCUGUCCAGAAGGCACCUCUGGAAAUGCCUUCAUUCAGUGCCGGCCUAUUCCACCUCCCGUGGCAACACAGCCAUGCAACCCGUCUCCAUGCGGUCCCAACAGCCAAUGUCGGGAGAUUAACGGCCAGGCUGUAUGUUCAUGUGUGCCGGGCUACCUUGGAAGCCCACCGGCGUGCAGGCCAGAGUGCGUUGUGAGUUCCGAUUGCAGCCAGAAUGAAGCCUGCAGCAACCAGAAAUGUAGAAAUCCUUGCCCAGGAACGUGUGGAAUUGGGGCUAAGUGUCAGGUGGUGAAUCACAACCCUAUCUGUAGCUGUCCACCGCGCCACACGGGAGACCCGUUCACCAGAUGCCUGCCCAUACCUGAUUCGCCGGUGAGCAAGCCAGUGAACCCUUGCCAGCCGUCACCUUGUGGUCCAAAUGCUCAGUGCAAGGUAGCUGGAGACAGCCCCUCUUGCUCGUGCCUGCCAGAAUUCAAAGGCUCGCCACCAAACUGUCGGCCUGAGUGCGUCAGCAACAGCGAGUGUGCCAGCCAUCUGGCCUGUAUGGGGCAGAAGUGCAAAGACCCCUGUCCCGGAGCUUGUGGAUCAAAUGCUGAGUGCCGAGUGGUCAGCCACACGCCUACGUGUGUGUGUGCGGUUGGAUACACUGGAGACCCGUUCUCUCAGUGCUUUGUACAACCUGUAGCCGUGCCCCAGGAGAGGCCAACGCCCUGCUCUCCGUCGCCAUGUGGUUCGAAUGCAGUGUGUAGGGAACAGAAUGGCGCUGGAUCUUGCACUUGUCUACCAGAGUAUGUGGGCAAUCCGUACGAAGGCUGUCGGCCAGAGUGCGUGGUGAACACUGACUGUGCUCCCAACAGGGCAUGUAUUCGUAACAAGUGCCAAGACCCAUGCCCCGGCACGUGUGGCCCGAAUGCAGACUGCCAGGUGGUCAAUCACCUGCCAUCGUGCACAUGCCGGCCGGGAUACACUGGAGACCCGUUCCGAUACUGCACAGUGCAGGCUAGCGAACCUGUGGUAGCUGAACCAGGAGAUCCGUGCAGCCCAUCGCCAUGUGGUCCUAACAGCCAAUGUCGCCAAGUGAAUGGGCAGGCUGUGUGCUCAUGCCUACCGUCGUACAUUGGCAGUCCACCAGGCUGUAGACCAGAGUGUGUGGUGAGCUCCGAAUGCCCGCAGAACCGAGCCUGUGUGAACCAGAAGUGUGUGGACCCUUGCCCUGGGCCGUGUGGCCUCAAUACUCGCUGCCAGGUGAUCAACCACAGCCCAAUAUGCAGUUGUAAACAAGGAUAUACCGGAGACCCCUUCGCCAGAUGCCAUCCAAUUCCACCUCCACCUCAGAGGCCGAGUGCCCCAGUAGUUGUGAAUCCUUGCAUCCCAUCACCAUGUGGGCCGUAUUCUGAAUGUCGUGAUACAGGUGGCAAUCCUUCAUGCUCAUGCCUGGCAAAUUACAUUGGCGCUCCACCAAACUGCCGUCCCGAGUGCUCCAUCAACUCGGAGUGCCCCAGCAACAGGGCUUGUAUCAGGGAGAAGUGUCGUGACCCAUGUCCUGGGUCGUGUGGCAUUGGCGCACAGUGCAGUGUGAUCAACCACACCCCAGUGUGCACAUGCCCUGAGGGGUACACAGGAGAUCCAUUCACCAACUGCUUCCCAAAACCGACAAUUGCAGAACCUGUGGAAUCGGACCCGUGCAAUCCUUCGCCUUGCGGGCCUAACGCCGAAUGCCGAGAUGGCAGUUGUACUUGUCUUCCAGAAUACCAAGGAGACCCAUACACUGGUUGCCGGCCAGAGUGCGUGUUGAGUACUGAUUGUGACAGGACGAAAGCUUGCAUCAGGAACAAGUGUGCUGACCCCUGCCCAGGAACUUGCGGACAGGGUGCUCGAUGCGACGUAGUCAACCACAUCCCCAUCUGUACCUGUCCAGAAGGCACCUCUGGAAAUGCCUUCAUUCAGUGCCGGCCUAUUCCACCUCCCGUGGCAACACAGCCAUGCAACCCGUCUCCAUGCGGUCCCAACAGCCAAUGUCGGGAGAUUAACGGCCAGGCUGUAUGUUCAUGUGUGCCGGGCUACCUUGGAAGCCCACCGGCGUGCAGGCCAGAGUGCGUUGUGAGUUCCGAUUGCAGCCAGAAUGAAGCCUGCAGCAACCAGAAAUGUAGAAAUCCUUGCCCAGGAACGUGUGGAAUUGGGGCUAAGUGUCAGGUGGUGAAUCACAACCCUAUCUGUAGCUGUCCACCGCGCCACACGGGAGACCCGUUCACCAGAUGCCUGCCCAUACCUGAUUCGCCGGUGAGCAAGCCAGUGAACCCUUGCCAGCCGUCACCUUGUGGUCCAAAUGCUCAGUGCAAGGUAGCUGGAGACAGCCCCUCUUGCUCGUGCCUGCCAGAAUUCAAAGGCUCGCCACCAAACUGUCGGCCUGAGUGCGUCAGCAACAGCGAGUGUACCAGCCAUCUGGCCUGUAUGGGGCAGAAGUGCAAAGACCCCUGUCCCGGAGCUUGUGGAUCAAAUGCUGAGUGCCGAGUGGUCAGCCACACGCCUACGUGUGUGUGUGCGGUUGGAUACACUGGAGACCCGUUCUCUCAGUGCUUUGUACAACCUGUAGCCGUGCCCCAGGAGAGGCCAACGCCCUGCUCUCCGUCGCCAUGUGGUUCGAAUGCAGUGUGUAGGGAACAGAAUGGCGCUGGAUCUUGCACUUGUCUACCAGAGUAUGUGGGCAAUCCGUACGAAGGCUGUCGGCCAGAGUGCGUGGUGAACACUGACUGUGCUCCCAACAGGGCAUGUAUUCGUAACAAGUGCCAAGACCCAUGCCCCGGCACGUGUGGCCCGAAUGCAGACUGCCAGGUGGUCAAUCACCUGCCAUCGUGCACAUGCCGGUCGGGAUACACUGGAGACCCGUUCCGAUACUGCACAGUGCAGGCUAGCGAACCUGUGGUAGCUGAACCAGGAGAUCCGUGCAGCCCAUCGCCAUGUGGUCCUAACAGCCAAUGUCGCCAAGUGAAUGGGCAGGCUGUGUGCUCAUGCCUACCGUCGUACAUUGGCAGUCCACCAGGCUGUAGACCAGAGUGUGUGGUGAGCUCCGAAUGCCCGCAGAACCGAGCCUGUGUGAACCAGAAGUGUGUGGACCCUUGCCCUGGGCCGUGUGGCCUCAAUACUCGCUGCCAGGUGAUCAACCACAGCCCAAUAUGCAGUUGUAAACAAGGAUAUACCGGAGACCCCUUCGCCAGAUGCCAUCCAAUUCCACCUCCACCUCAGAGGCCGAGUGCCCCAGUAGUUGUGAAUCCUUGCAUCCCAUCACCAUGUGGGCCGUAUUCUGAAUGUCGUGAUACAGGUGGCAAUCCUUCAUGCUCAUGCCUGGCAAAUUACAUUGGCGCUCCACCAAACUGCCGUCCCGAGUGCUCCAUCAACUCGGAGUGCCCCAGCAACAGGGCUUGUAUCAGGGAGAAGUGUCGUGACCCAUGUCCUGGGUCGUGUGGCAUUGGCGCACAGUGCAGUGUGAUCAACCACACCCCAGUGUGCACAUGCCCUGAGGGGUACACAGGAGAUCCAUUCACCAACUGCUUCCCAAAACCGACAAUUGCAGAACCUGUGGAAUCGGACCCGUGCAAUCCUUCGCCUUGCGGGCCUAACGCCGAAUGCCGAGAUGGCAGUUGUACUUGUCUUCGAGAAUACCAAGGAGACCCAUACACUGGUUGCCGGCCAGAGUGCGUGUUGAGUACUGAUUGUGACAGGACGAAAGCUUGCAUCAGGAACAAGUGUGCUGACCCCUGCCCAGGAACUUGCGGACAGGGUGCUCGAUGCGACGUAGUCAACCACAUCCCCAUCUGUACCUGUCCAGAAGGCACCUCUGGAAAUGCCUUCAUUCAGUGCCGGCCUAUUCCACCUCCCGUGGCAACACAGCCAUGCAACCCGUCUCCAUGCGGUCCCAACAGCCAAUGUCGGGAGAUUAACGGCCAGGCUGUAUGUUCAUGUGUGCCGGGCUACCUUGGAAGCCCACCGGCGUGCAGGCCAGAGUGCGUUGUGAGUUCCGAUUGCAGCCAGAAUGAAGCCUGCAGCAACCAGAAAUGUAGAAAUCCUUGCCCAGGAACGUGUGGAAUUGGGGCUAAGUGUCAGGUGGUGAAUCACAACCCUAUCUGUAGCUGUCCACCGCGCCACACGGGAGACCCGUUCACCAGAUGCCUGCCCAUACCUGAUUCGCCGGUGAGCAAGCCAGUGAACCCUUGCCAGCCGUCACCUUGUGGUCCAAAUGCUCAGUGCAAGGUAGCUGGAGACAGCCCCUCUUGCUCGUGCCUGCCAGAAUUCAAAGGCUCGCCACCAAACUGUCGGCCUGAGUGCGUCAGCAACAGCGAGUGUGCCAGCCAUCUGGCCUGUAUGGGGCAGAAGUGCAAAGACCCCUGUCCCGGAGCUUGUGGAUCAAAUGCUGAGUGCCGAGUGGUCAGCCACACGCCUACGUGUGUGUGUGCGGUUGGAUACACUGGAGACCCGUUCUCUCAGUGCUUUGUACAACCUGUAGCCGUGCCACAGGAGAGGCCAACGCCCUGCUCUCCGUCGCCAUGUGGUUCGAAUGCAGUGUGUAGGGAACAGAAUGGCGCUGGAUCUUGCACUUGUCUACCAGAGUAUGUGGGCAAUCCGUACGAAGGCUGUCGGCCAGAGUGCGUGGUGAACACUGACUGUGCUCCCAACAGGGCAUGUAUUCGUAACAAGUGCCAAGACCCAUGCCCCGGCACGUGUGGCCCGAAUGCAGACUGCCAGGUGGUCAAUCACCUGCCAUCGUGCACAUGCCGGCCGGGAUACACUGGAGACCCGUUCCGAUACUGCACAGUGCAGGCUAGCGAACCUGUGGUAGCUGAACGAGGAGAUCCGUGCAGCCCAUCGCCAUGUGGUCCUAACAGCCAAUGUCGCCAAGUGAAUGGGCAGGCUGUGUGCUCAUGCCUACCGUCGUACAUUGGCAGUCCACCAGGCUGUAGACCAGAGUGUGUGGUGAGCUCCGAAUGCCCGCAGAACCGAGCCUGUGUGAACCAGAAGUGUGUGGACCCUUGCCCUGGGCCGUGUGGCCUCAAUACUCGCUGCCAGGUGAUCAACCACAGCCCAAUAUGCAGUUGCAAACAAGGAUAUACCGGAGACCCCUUCGCCAGAUGCCAUCCAAUUCCACCUCCACCUCAGAGGCCGAGUGCCCCAGUAGUUGUGAAUCCUUGCAUCCCAUCACCAUGUGGGCCGUAUUCUGAAUGUCGUGAUACAGGUGGCAAUCCUUCAUGCUCAUGCCUGGCAAAUUACAUUGGCGCUCCACCAAACUGCCGUCCCGAGUGCUCCAUCAACUCGGAGUGCCCCAGCAACAGGGCUUGUAUCAGGGAGAAGUGUCGUGACCCAUGUCCUGGGUCGUGUGGCAUUGGCGCACAGUGCAGUGUGAUCAACCACACCCCAGUGUGCACAUGCCCUGAGGGGUACACAGGAGAUCCAUUCACCAACUGCUUCCCAAAACCGACAAUUGCAGAACCUGUGGAAUCGGACCCGUGCAAUCCUUCGCCUUGCGGGCCUAACGCCGAAUGCCGAGAUGGCAGUUGUACUUGUCUUCGAGAAUACCAAGGAGACCCAUACACUGGUUGCCGGCCAGAGUGCGUGUUGAGUACUGAUUGUGACAGGACGAAAGCUUGCAUCAGGAACAAGUGUGCUGACCCCUGCCCAGGAACUUGCGGACAGGGUGCUCGAUGCGACGUAGUCAACCACAUCCCCAUCUGUACCUGUCCAGAAGGCACCUCUGGAAAUGCCUUCAUUCAGUGCCGGCCUAUUCCACCUCCCGUGGCAACACAGCCAUGCAACCCGUCUCCAUGCGGUCCCAACAGCCAAUGUCGGGAGAUUAACGGCCAGGCUGUAUGUUCAUGUGUGCCGGGCUACCUUGGAAGCCCACCGGCGUGCAGGCCAGAGUGCGUUGUGAGUUCCGAUUGCAGCCAGAAUGAAGCCUGCAGCAACCAGAAAUGUAGAAAUCCUUGCCCAGGAACGUGUGGAAUUGGGGCUAAGUGUCAGGUGGUGAAUCACAACCCUAUCUGUAGCUGUCCACCGCGCCACACGGGAGACCCGUUCACCAGAUGCCUGCCCAUACCUGAUUCGCCGGUGAGCAAGCCAGUGAACCCUUGCCAGCCGUCACCUUGUGGUCCAAAUGCUCAGUGCAAGGUAGCUGGAGACAGCCCCUCUUGCUCGUGCCUGCCAGAAUUCAAAGGCUCGCCACCAAACUGUCGGCCUGAGUGCGUCAGCAACAGCGAGUGUGCCAGCCAUCUGGCCUGUAUGGGGCAGAAGUGCAAAGACCCCUGUCCCGGAGCUUGUGGAUCAAAUGCUGAGUGCCGAGUGGUCAGCCACACGCCUACGUGUGUGUGUGCGGUUGGAUACACUGGAGACCCGUUCUCUCAGUGCUUUGUACAACCUGUAGCCGUGCCCCAGGAGAGGCCAACGCCCUGCUCUCCGUCGCCAUGUGGUUCGAAUGCAGUGUGUAGGGAACAGAAUGGCGCUGGAUCUUGCACUUGUCUACCAGAGUAUGUGGGCAAUCCGUACGAAGGCUGUCGGCCAGAGUGCGUGGUGAACACUGACUGUGCUCCCAACAGGGCAUGUAUUCGUAACAAGUGCCAAGACCCAUGCCCCGGCACGUGUGGCCCGAAUGCAGACUGCCAGGUGGUCAAUCACCUGCCAUCGUGCACAUGCCGGCCGGGAUACACUGGAGACCCGUUCCGAUACUGCACAGUGCAGGCUAGCGAACCUGUGGUAGCUGAACCAGGAGAUCCGUGCAGCCCAUCGCCAUGUGGUCCUAACAGCCAAUGUCGCCAAGUGAAUGGGCAGGCUGUGUGCUCAUGCCUACCGUCGUACAUUGGCAGUCCACCAGGCUGUAGACCAGAGUGUGUGGUGAGCUCCGAAUGCCCGCAGAACCGAGCCUGUGUGAACCAGAAGUGUGUGGACCCUUGCCCUGGGCCGUGUGGCCUCAAUACUCGCUGCCAGGUGAUCAACCACAGCCCAAUAUGCAGUUGCAAACAAGGAUAUACCGGAGACCCCUUCGCCAGAUGCCAUCCAAUUCCACCUCCACCUCAGAGGCCGAGUGCCCCAGUAGUUGUGAAUCCUUGCAUCCCAUCACCAUGUGGGCCGUAUUCUGAAUGUCGUGAUACAGGUGGCAAUCCUUCAUGCUCAUGCCUGGCAAAUUACAUUGGCGCUCCACCAAACUGCCGUCCCGAGUGCUCCAUCAACUCGGAGUGCCCCAGCAACAGGGCUUGUAUCAGGGAGAAGUGUCGUGACCCAUGUCCUGGGUCGUGUGGCAUUGGCGCACAGUGCAGUGUGAUCAACCACACCCCAGUGUGCACAUGCCCUGAGGGGUACACAGGAGAUCCAUUCACCAACUGCUUCCCAAAACCGACAAUUGCAGAACCUGUGGAAUCGGACCCGUGCAAUCCUUCGCCUUGCGGGCCUAACGCCGAAUGCCGAGAUGGCAGUUGUACUUGUCUUCGAGAAUACCAAGGAGACCCAUACACUGGUUGCCGGCCAGAGUGCGUGUUGAGUACUGAUUGUGACAGGACGAAAGCUUGCAUCAGGAACAAGUGUGCUGACCCCUGCCCAGGAACUUGCGGACAGGGUGCUCGAUGCGACGUAGUCAACCACAUCCCCAUCUGUACCUGUCCAGAAGGCACCUCUGGAAAUGCCUUCAUUCAGUGCCGGCCUAUUCCACCUCCCGUGGCAACACAGCCAUGCAACCCGUCUCCAUGCGGUCCCAACAGCCAAUGUCGGGAGAUUAACGGCCAGGCUGUAUGUUCAUGUGUGCCGGGCUACCUUGGAAGCCCACCGGCGUGCAGGCCAGAGUGCGUUGUGAGUUCCGAUUGCAGCCAGAAUGAAGCCUGCAGCAACCAGAAAUGUAGAAAUCCUUGCCCAGGAACGUGUGGAAUUGGGGCUAAGUGUCAGGUGGUGAAUCACAACCCUAUCUGUAGCUGUCCACCGCGCCACACGGGAGACCCGUUCACCAGAUGCCUGCCCAUACCUGAUUCGCCGGUGAGCAAGCCAGUGAACCCUUGCCAGCCGUCACCUUGUGGUCCAAAUGCUCAGUGCAAGGUAGCUGGAGACAGCCCCUCUUGCUCGUGCCUGCCAGAAUUCAAAGGCUCGCCACCAAACUGUCGGCCUGAGUGCGUCAGCAACAGCGAGUGUGCCAGCCAUCUGGCCUGUAUGGGGCAGAAGUGCAAAGACCCCUGUCCUGGAGCUUGUGGAUCAAAUGCUGAGUGCCGAGUGGUCAGCCACACGCCUACGUGUGUCUGUGCGGUCGGAUACACUGGAGACCCGUUCUCUCAGUGCUUUGUACAACCUGUAGCCGUGCCCCAGGAGAGGCCAACGCCCUGCUCUCCGUCACCAUGUGGUUCGAAUGCAGUGUGUAGGGAACAGAAUGGCGCUGGAUCUUGCACUUGUCUACCAGAGUAUGUGGGCAAUCCGUACGAAGGCUGUCGGCCAGAGUGCGUGGUGAACACUGACUGUGCUCCCAACAGGGCAUGUAUUCGUAACAAGUGCCAAGACCCAUGCCCCGGCACGUGUGGCCCGAAUGCAGACUGCCAGGUGGUCAAUCACCUGCCAUCGUGCACAUGCCGGUCGGGAUACACUGGAGACCCGUUCCGAUACUGCACAGUGCAGGCUAGCGAACCUGUGGUAGCUGAACCAGGAGAUCCGUGCAGCCCAUCGCCAUGUGGUCCUAACAGCCAAUGUCGCCAAGUGAAUGGGCAGGCUGUGUGCUCAUGCCUACCGUCGUACAUUGGCAGUCCACCAGGCUGUAGACCAGAGUGUGUGGUGAGCUCCGAAUGCCCGCAGAACCGAGCCUGUGUGAACCAGAAGUGUGUGGACCCUUGCCCUGGGCCGUGUGGCCUCAAUACUCGCUGCCAGGUGAUCAACCACAGCCCAAUAUGCAGUUGCAAACAAGGAUAUACCGGAGACCCCUUCGCCAGAUGCCAUCCAAUUCCACCUCCACCUCAGAGGCCGAGUGCCCCAGUAGUUGUGAAUCCUUGCAUCCCAUCACCAUGUGGGCCGUAUUCUGAAUGUCGUGAUACAGGUGGCAAUCCUUCAUGCUCAUGCCUGGCAAAUUACAUUGGCGCUCCACCAAACUGCCGUCCCGAGUGCUCCAUCAACUCGGAGUGCCCCAGCAACAGGGCUUGUAUCCGGGAGAAGUGUCGUGACCCAUGUCCUGGGUCGUGUGGCAUUGGCGCACAGUGCAGUGUGAUCAACCACACCCCAGUGUGCACAUGCCCUGAGGGGUACACAGGAGAUCCAUUCACCAACUGCUUCCCAAAACCGACAAUUGCAGAACCUGUGGAAUCGGACCCGUGCAAUCCUUCGCCUUGCGGGCCUAACGCCGAAUGCCGAGAUGGCAGUUGUACUUGUCUUCCAGAAUACCAAGGAGACCCAUACACUGGUUGCCGGCCAGAGUGCGUGUUGAGUACUGAUUGUGACAGGACGAAAGCUUGCAUCAGGAACAAGUGUGCUGACCCCUGCCCAGGAACUUGCGGACAGGGUGCUCGAUGCGACGUAGUCAACCACAUCCCCAUCUGUACCUGUCCAGAAGGCACCUCUGGAAAUGCCUUCAUUCAGUGCCGGCCUAUUCCACCUCCCGUGGCAACACAGCCAUGCAACCCGUCUCCAUGCGGUCCCAACAGCCAAUGUCGGGAGAUUAACGGCCAGGCUGUAUGUUCAUGUGUGCCGGGCUACCUUGGAAGCCCACCGGCGUGCAGGCCAGAGUGCGUUGUGAGUUCCGAUUGCAGCCAGAAUGAAGCCUGCAGCAACCAGAAAUGUAGAAAUCCUUGCCCAGGAACGUGUGGAAUUGGGGCUAAGUGUCAGGUGGUGAAUCACAACCCUAUCUGUAGCUGUCCACCGCGCCACACGGGAGACCCGUUCACCAGAUGCCUGCCCAUACCUGAUUCGCCGGUGAGCAAGCCAGUGAACCCUUGCCAGCCGUCACCUUGUGGUCCAAAUGCUCAGUGCAAGGUAGCUGGAGACAGCCCCUCUUGCUCGUGCCUGCCAGAAUUCAAAGGCUCGCCACCAAACUGUCGGCCUGAGUGCGUCAGCAACAGCGAGUGUGCCAGCCAUCUGGCCUGUAUGGGGCAGAAGUGCAAAGACCCCUGUCCUGGAGCUUGUGGAUCAAAUGCUGAGUGCCGAGUGGUCAGCCACACGCCUACGUGUGUCUGUGUGGUCGGAUACACUGGAGACCCGUUCUCUCAGUGCUUUGUACAACCUGUAGCCGUGCCCCAGGAGAGGCCAACGCCCUGCUCUCCGUCGCCGUGUGGUUCGAAUGCAGUGUGUAGGGAACAGAAUGGCGCUGGAUCUUGCACUUGUCUACCAGAGUAUGUGGGCAAUCCGUACGAAGGCUGUCGGCCAGAGUGCGUGGUGAACACUGACUGUGCUCCCAACAGGGCAUGUAUUCGUAACAAGUGCCAAGACCCAUGCCCCGGCACGUGUGGCCCGAAUGCAGACUGCCAGGUGGUCAAUCACCUGCCAUCGUGCACAUGCCGGCCGGGAUACACUGGAGACCCGUUCCGAUACUGCACAGUGCAGGCUAGCGAACCUGUGGUAGCUGAACCAGGAGAUCCGUGCAGCCCAUCGCCAUGUGGUCCUAACAGCCAAUGUCGCCAAGUGAAUGGGCAGGCUGUGUGCUCAUGCCUACCGUCGUACAUUGGCAGUCCACCAGGCUGUAGACCAGAGUGUGUGGUGAGCUCCGAAUGCCCGCAGAACCGAGCCUGUGUGAACCAGAAGUGUGUGGACCCUUGCCCUGGGCCGUGUGGCCUCAAUACUCGCUGCCAGGUGAUCAACCACAGCCCAAUAUGCAGUUGCAAACAAGGAUAUACCGGAGACCCCUUCGCCAGAUGCCAUCCAAUUCCACCUCCACCUCAGAGGCCGAGUGCCCCAGUAGUUGUGAAUCCUUGCAUCCCAUCACCAUGUGGGCCGUAUUCUGAAUGUCGUGAUACAGGUGGCAAUCCUUCAUGCUCAUGCCUGGCAAAUUACAUUGGCGCUCCACCAAACUGCCGUCCCGAGUGCUCCAUCAACUCGGAGUGCCCCAGCAACAGGGCUUGUAUCCGGGAGAAGUGUCGUGACCCAUGUCCUGGGUCGUGUGGCAUUGGCGCACAGUGCAGUGUGAUCAACCACACUCCAGUGUGCACAUGCCCUGAGGGGUACACAGGAGAUCCAUUCACCAACUGCUUCCCAAAACCGACAAUUGCAGAACCUGUGGAAUCGGACCCGUGCAAUCCUUCGCCUUGCGGGCCUAACGCCGAAUGCCGAGAUGGCAGUUGUACUUGUCUUCCAGAAUACCAAGGAGACCCAUACACUGGUUGCCGGCCAGAGUGCGUGUUGAGUACUGAUUGUGACAGGACGAAAGCUUGCAUCAGGAACAAGUGUGCUGACCCCUGCCCAGGAACUUGUGGACAGGGUGCUCGAUGCGACGUAGUCAACCAUAUCCCCAUCUGUACCUGUCCAGAAGGCACCUCUGGAAAUGCCUUCAUUCAGUGCCGGCCUAUUCCACCUCCCGUGGCAACACAGCCAUGCAACCCGUCUCCAUGCGGUCCCAACAGCCAAUGUCGGGAGAUUAACGGCCAGGCUGUAUGUUCAUGUGUGCCGGGCUACCUUGGAAGCCCACCGGCGUGCAGGCCAGAGUGCGUUGUGAGUUCCGAUUGCAGCCAGAAUGAAGCCUGCAGCAACCAGAAAUGUAGAAAUCCUUGCCCAGGAACGUGUGGAAUUGGGGCUAAGUGUCAGGUGGUGAAUCACAACCCUAUCUGUAGCUGUCCACCGCGCCACACGGGAGACCCGUUCACCAGAUGCCAGCCCAUACCUGAUUCGCCGGUGAGCAAGCCAGUGAACCCUUGCCAGCCGUCACCUUGUGGUCCAAAUGCUCAGUGCAAGGUAGCUGGAGACAGCCCCUCUUGCUCGUGCCUGCCAGAAUUCAAAGGCUCGCCACCAAACUGUCGGCCUGAGUGCGUCAGCAACAGCGAGUGUGCCAGCCAUCUGGCCUGUAUGGGGCAGAAGUGCAAAGACCCCUGUCCUGGAGCUUGUGGAUCAAAUGCUGAGUGCCGAGUGGUCAGCCACACGCCUACGUGUGUCUGUGUGGUCGGAUACACUGGAGACCCGUUCUCUCAGUGCUUUGUACAACCUGUAGCCGUGCCCCAGGAGAGGCCAACGCCCUGCUCUCCGUCGCCGUGUGGUUCGAAUGCAGUGUGUAGGGAACAGAAUGGCGCUGGAUCUUGCACUUGUCUACCAGAGUAUGUGGGCAAUCCGUACGAAGGCUGUCGGCCAGAGUGCGUGGUGAACACUGACUGUGCUCCCAACAGGGCAUGUAUUCGUAACAAGUGCCAAGACCCAUGCCCCGGCACGUGUGGCCCGAAUGCAGACUGCCAGGUGGUUAAUCACCUGCCAUCGUGCACAUGCCGGCCGGGAUACACUGGAGACCCGUUCCGAUACUGCACAGUGCAGGCUAGCGAACCUGUGGUAGCUGAACCAGGAGAUCCGUGCAGCCCAUCGCCAUGUGGUCCUAACAGCCAAUGUCGCCAAGUGAAUGGGCAGGCUGUGUGCUCAUGCCAACCGUCGUACAUUGGCAGUCCACCAGGCUGUAGACCAGAGUGUGUGGUGAGCUCCGAAUGCCCGCAGAACCGAGCCUGUGUGAACCAGAAGUGUGUGGACCCUUGCCCUGGGCCGUGUGGCCUCAAUACUCGCUGCCAGGUGAUCAACCACAGCCCAAUAUGCAGCUGCAAACAAGGAUAUACCGGAGACCCCUUCGCCAGAUGCCAUCCAAUUCCACCUCCACCUCAGAGGCCGAGUGCCCCAGUGGUUGUGAAUCCUUGCAUCCCAUCGCCGUGUGGGCCAUAUUCUGAGUGUCGCGAUACAGGUGGCAGUCCUUCAUGCUCGUGCCUGGCAAACUACAUUGGCGCUCCACCAAACUGUCGGCCCGAGUGCUCCAUCAACUCGGAGUGCCCCAGCAACAGGGCUUGUAUCAGGGAGAAGUGUCGUGACCCAUGUCCAGGGUCGUGUGGCAUUGGCGCACAGUGCAGUGUGAUCAAUCACACCCCAGUUUGCACAUGCCCUGAGGGAUACACUGGAGACCCGUUUAGUAACUGCUUCCCGAAGCCACCAAUUUCAGAACCUGUGGAAUCAGACCCAUGCAAUCCAUCGCCUUGUGGGCCUAACGCCGAAUGCCGAGAUGGCAGUUGUACUUGCCUUCCGGAAUAUCAAGGAGACCCAUACACUGGUUGCCGGCCAGAGUGUGUGUUGAGUACUGACUGUGACAGGACGAAAGCUUGCAUCAGGAACAAGUGCGCUGACCCCUGCCCAGGGACUUGUGGACAGGAUGCUCGGUGCGAUGUAGUUAAUCACAUCCCCAUCUGCACCUGUCCGGAAGGCACCUCUGGAAACGCUUUCAUCCAGUGCCGACCAGUACCACCUCCUGCAGUUACACUACCAUGUCGGCCAUCUCCAUGUGGACCAAAUAGCCAAUGUCGGGAGAUUAAUGGCCAGGCAGUGUGCUCUUGUGUGCCUGGAUACUUGGGAAGUCCUCCGGCGUGCAGACCAGAGUGCGUCGUGAGCUCCGAUUGCAGCCAGAACGAAGCAUGUAGUAACCAGAAAUGUAGGAAUCCCUGCCCAGGAACGUGUGGAAUUGGAGCGCGUUGUGAGGUGGUCAAUCACAACCCAAUUUGUAGCUGUCCACCUCGUUACACCGGCGAUCCGUUCUCCAGAUGUCUGCCCAUACCUGAGAACCCUGUGGUCAGCGAGCCAGUGAACCCUUGCCAGCCUUCACCAUGUGGUCCAAAUGCUCAGUGCAAGGUAGCUGGAGACAGCCCAUCAUGUUCAUGCCUGCCAGAAUUCAAGGGCUCGCCUCCAAACUGCCGGCCCGAGUGCAUCAGCAACAGCGAGUGUGCCAGCCAUCUGGCCUGUAUCGGGCAGAAGUGCAAAGACCCCUGUCCAGGAGCUUGUGGGUCGAAUGCAGAGUGCCGAGUGGUCAGCCACACGCCUACAUGUGUGUGUGCAGUUGGAUACACUGGAGACCCAUUCUCUCAGUGCUUUGUGCAGCCUGUGGCCGCGCCGCAGGAAAGACCGACGCCCUGCUCUCCGUCGCCAUGUGGUUCGAAUGCAGUGUGUAGGGAACAGAAUGGCGCCGGAUCUUGCACUUGUCUACCAGAGUAUGUGGGCAACCCAUACGAAGGCUGCCGGCCAGAAUGUGUGGUAAACACUGACUGUGCUCCCAACAAGGCAUGUAUCCGUAACAAGUGCCAAGACCCGUGCCCUGGCACAUGUGGCCCGAACGCAGACUGCCAGGUUGUCAAUCACCUGCCAUCGUGCACUUGCCGGCCAGGAUACACUGGAGACCCGUUCCGAUACUGCACGGUGCAGGCUAGCGAACCUGUGGUAGCUGAACCGGGAGAUCCAUGCAACCCAUCGCCAUGUGGUCCAAACAGCCAAUGCCGCCAAGUGAAUGGGCAGGCUGUGUGCUCGUGCCUACCGUCGUACAUUGGCAGUCCACCAGGAUGCAGACCGGAGUGUGUGGUUAGCUCUGAAUGCCCGCAGAAUCGAGCCUGUGUGAACCAGAAGUGUGUGGACCCUUGCCCUGGGCCGUGUGGCCUCAAUACUCGCUGCCAGGUGAUCAACCACAGCCCAAUAUGCAGCUGCAAACAAGGAUAUACCGGAGACCCCUUCGCCAGAUGCCAUCCAAUUCCACCUCCACCUCAGAGGCCGAGUGCCCCAGUGGUUGUGAAUCCUUGCAUCCCAUCGCCGUGUGGGCCAUAUUCUGAGUGUCGCGAUACAGGUGGCAGUCCUUCAUGCUCGUGCCUGGCAAACUACAUUGGCGCUCCACCAAACUGUCGGCCCGAGUGCUCCAUCAACUCGGAGUGCCCCAGCAACAGGGCUUGUAUCAGGGAGAAGUGUCGUGACCCAUGUCCAGGGUCGUGUGGCAUUGGCGCACAGUGCAGUGUGAUCAAUCACACCCCAGUUUGCACAUGCCCUGAGGGAUACACUGGAGACCCGUUUAGUAACUGCUUCCCGAAGCCACCAAUUUCAGAACCUGUGGAAUCAGACCCAUGCAAUCCAUCGCCUUGUGGGCCUAACGCCGAAUGCCGAGAUGGCAGUUGUACUUGCCUUCCGGAAUAUCAAGGAGACCCAUACACUGGUUGCCGGCCAGAGUGUGUGUUGAGUACUGACUGUGACAGGACGAAAGCUUGCAUCAGGAACAAGUGCGCUGACCCCUGCCCAGGGACUUGUGGACAGGAUGCUCGGUGCGAUGUAGUUAAUCACAUCCCCAUCUGCACCUGUCCGGAAGGCACCUCUGGAAACGCUUUCAUCCAGUGCCGACCAGUACCACCUCCUGCAGUUACACUACCAUGUCGGCCAUCUCCAUGUGGACCAAAUAGCCAAUGUCGGGAGAUUAAUGGCCAGGCAGUGUGCUCUUGUGUGCCUGGAUACUUGGGAAGUCCUCCGGCGUGCAGACCAGAGUGCGUCGUGAGCUCCGAUUGCAGCCAGAACGAAGCAUGUAGUAACCAGAAAUGUAGGAAUCCCUGCCCAGGAACGUGUGGAAUUGGAGCGCGUUGUGAGGUGGUCAAUCACAACCCAAUUUGUAGCUGUCCACCUCGUUACACCGGCGAUCCGUUCUCCAGAUGUCUGCCCAUACCUGAGAACCCUGUGGUCAGCGAGCCAGUGAACCCUUGCCAGCCUUCACCAUGUGGUCCAAAUGCUCAGUGCAAGGUAGCUGGAGACAGCCCAUCAUGUUCAUGCCUGCCAGAAUUCAAGGGCUCGCCUCCAAACUGCCGGCCCGAGUGCAUCAGCAACAGCGAGUGUGCCAGCCAUCUGGCCUGUAUCGGGCAGAAGUGCAAAGACCCCUGUCCAGGAGCUUGUGGGUCGAAUGCAGAGUGCCGAGUGGUCAGCCACACGCCUACAUGUGUGUGUGCAGUUGGAUACACUGGAGACCCAUUCUCUCAGUGCUUUGUGCAGCCUGUGGCCGCGCCGCAGGAAAGACCGACGCCCUGCUCUCCGUCGCCAUGUGGUUCGAAUGCAGUGUGUAGGGAACAGAAUGGCGCCGGAUCUUGCACUUGUCUACCAGAGUAUGUGGGCAACCCAUACGAAGGCUGCCGGCCAGAAUGUGUGGUAAACACUGACUGUGCUCCCAACAAGGCAUGUAUCCGUAACAAGUGCCAAGACCCGUGCCCUGGCACAUGUGGCCCGAACGCAGACUGCCAGGUUGUCAAUCACCUGCCAUCGUGCACUUGCCGGCCAGGAUACACUGGAGACCCGUUCCGAUACUGCACGGUGCAGGCUAGCGAACCUGUGGUAGCUGAACCGGGAGAUCCAUGCAACCCAUCGCCAUGUGGUCCAAACAGCCAAUGCCGCCAAGUGAAUGGGCAGGCUGUGUGCUCGUGCCUACCGUCGUACAUUGGCAGUCCACCAGGAUGCAGACCGGAGUGUGUGGUUAGCUCUGAAUGCCCGCAGAAUCGAGCCUGUGUGAACCAGAAGUGUGUGGACCCUUGCCCUGGGCCGUGUGGCCUCAAUACUCGCUGCCAGGUGAUCAACCACAGCCCAAUAUGCAGCUGCAAACAAGGAUAUACCGGAGACCCCUUCGCCAGAUGCCAUCCAAUUCCACCUCCACCUCAGAGGCCGAGUGCCCCAGUGGUUGUGAAUCCUUGCAUCCCAUCGCCGUGUGGGCCAUAUUCUGAGUGUCGCGAUACAGGUGGCAGUCCUUCAUGCUCGUGCCUGGCAAACUACAUUGGCACUCCACCAAACUGUCGGCCCGAGUGCUCCAUCAACUCGGAGUGCCCCAGCAACAGGGCUUGUAUCAGGGAGAAGUGUCGUGACCCAUGUCCAGGGUCGUGUGGCAUUGGCGCACAGUGCAGUGUGAUCAAUCACACCCCAGUUUGCACAUGCCCUGAGGGAUACACUGGAGACCCGUUUAGUAACUGCUUCCCGAAGCCACCAAUUUCAGAACCUGUGGAAUCAGACCCAUGCAAUCCAUCGCCUUGUGGGCCUAACGCCGAAUGCCGAGAUGGCAGUUGUACUUGCCUUCCGGAAUAUCAAGGAGACCCAUACACUGGUUGCCGGCCAGAGUGUGUGUUGAGUACUGACUGUGACAGGACGAAAGCUUGCAUCAGGAACAAGUGCGCUGACCCCUGCCCAGGGACUUGUGGACAGGAUGCUCGGUGCGAUGUAGUUAAUCACAUCCCCAUCUGCACCUGUCCGGAAGGCACCUCUGGAAACGCUUUCAUCCAGUGCCGACCAGUACCACCUCCUGCAGUUACACUACCAUGUCGGCCAUCUCCAUGUGGACCAAAUAGCCAAUGUCGGGAGAUUAAUGGCCAGGCAGUGUGCUCUUGUGUGCCUGGAUACUUGGGAAGUCCUCCGGCGUGCAGACCAGAGUGCGUCGUGAGCUCCGAUUGCAGCCAGAACGAAGCAUGUAGUAACCAGAAAUGUAGGAAUCCCUGCCCAGGAACGUGUGGAAUUGGAGCGCGUUGUGAGGUGGUCAAUCACAACCCAAUUUGUAGCUGUCCACCUCGUUACACCGGCGAUCCGUUCUCCAGAUGUCUGCCCAUACCUGAGAACCCUGUGGUCAGCGAGCCAGUGAACCCUUGCCAGCCUUCACCAUGUGGUCCAAAUGCUCAGUGCAAGGUAGCUGGAGACAGCCCAUCAUGUUCAUGCCUGCCAGAAUUCAAGGGCUCGCCUCCAAACUGCCGGCCCGAGUGCAUCAGCAACAGCGAGUGUGCCAGCCAUCUGGCCUGUAUCGGGCAGAAGUGCAAAGACCCCUGUCCAGGAGCUUGUGGGUCGAAUGCAGAGUGCCGAGUGGUCAGCCACACGCCUACAUGUGUGUGUGCAGUUGGAUACACUGGAGACCCAUUCUCUCAGUGCUUUGUGCAGCCUGUGGCCGCGCCGCAGGAAAGACCGACGCCCUGCUCUCCGUCGCCAUGUGGUUCGAAUGCAGUGUGUAGGGAACAGAAUGGCGCCGGAUCUUGCACUUGUCUACCAGAGUAUGUGGGCAACCCAUACGAAGGCUGCCGGCCAGAAUGUGUGGUAAACACUGACUGUGCUCCCAACAAGGCAUGUAUCCGUAACAAGUGCCAAGACCCGUGCCCUGGCACAUGUGGCCCGAACGCAGACUGCCAGGUUGUCAAUCACCUGCCAUCGUGCACUUGCCGGCCAGGAUACACUGGAGACCCGUUCCGAUACUGCACGGUGCAGGCUAGCGAACCUGUGGUAGCUGAACCGGGAGAUCCAUGCAACCCAUCGCCAUGUGGUCCAAACAGCCAAUGCCGCCAAGUGAAUGGGCAGGCUGUGUGCUCGUGCCUACCGUCGUACAUUGGCAGUCCACCAGGAUGCAGACCGGAGUGUGUGGUUAGCUCUGAAUGCCCGCAGAAUCGAGCCUGUGUGAACCAGAAGUGUGUGGACCCUUGCCCUGGGCCGUGUGGCCUCAAUACUCGCUGCCAGGUGAUCAACCACAGCCCAAUAUGCAGCUGCAAACAAGGAUAUACCGGAGACCCCUUCGCCAGAUGCCAUCCAAUUCCACCUCCACCUCAGAGGCCGAGUGCCCCAGUGGUUGUGAAUCCUUGCAUCCCAUCGCCGUGUGGGCCAUAUUCUGAGUGUCGCGAUACAGGUGGCAGUCCUUCAUGCUCGUGCCUGGCAAACUACAUUGGCGCUCCACCAAACUGUCGGCCCGAGUGCUCCAUCAACUCGGAGUGCCCCAGCAACAGGGCUUGUAUCAGGGAGAAGUGUCGUGACCCAUGUCCAGGGUCGUGUGGCAUUGGCGCACAGUGCAGUGUGAUCAAUCACACCCCAGUUUGCACAUGCCCUGAGGGAUACACUGGAGACCCGUUUAGUAACUGCUUCCCGAAGCCACCAAUUUCAGAACCUGUGGAAUCAGACCCAUGCAAUCCAUCGCCUUGUGGGCCUAACGCCGAAUGCCGAGAUGGCAGUUGUACUUGCCUUCCGGAAUAUCAAGGAGACCCAUACACUGGUUGCCGGCCAGAGUGUGUGUUGAGUACUGACUGUGACAGGACGAAAGCUUGCAUCAGGAACAAGUGCGCUGACCCCUGCCCAGGGACUUGUGGACAGGAUGCUCGGUGCGAUGUAGUUAAUCACAUCCCCAUCUGCACCUGUCCGGAAGGCACCUCUGGAAACGCUUUCAUCCAGUGCCGACCAGUACCACCUCCUGCAGUUACACUACCAUGUCGGCCAUCUCCAUGUGGACCAAAUAGCCAAUGUCGGGAGAUUAAUGGCCAGGCAGUGUGCUCUUGUGUGCCUGGAUACUUGGGAAGUCCUCCGGCGUGCAGACCAGAGUGCGUCGUGAGCUCCGAUUGCAGCCAGAACGAAGCAUGUAGUAACCAGAAAUGUAGGAAUCCCUGCCCAGGAACGUGUGGAAUUGGAGCGCGUUGUGAGGUGGUCAAUCACAACCCAAUUUGUAGCUGUCCACCUCGUUACACCGGCGAUCCGUUCUCCAGAUGUCUGCCCAUACCUGAGAACCCUGUGGUCAGCGAGCCAGUGAACCCUUGCCAGCCUUCACCAUGUGGUCCAAAUGCUCAGUGCAAGGUAGCUGGAGACAGCCCAUCAUGUUCAUGCCUGCCAGAAUUCAAGGGCUCGCCUCCAAACUGCCGGCCCGAGUGCAUCAGCAACAGCGAGUGUGCCAGCCAUCUGGCCUGUAUCGGGCAGAAGUGCAAAGACCCCUGUCCAGGAGCUUGUGGGUCGAAUGCAGAGUGCCGAGUGGUCAGCCACACGCCUACAUGUGUGUGUGCAGUUGGAUACACUGGAGACCCAUUCUCUCAGUGCUUUGUGCAGCCUGUGGCCGCGCCGCAGGAAAGACCGACGCCCUGCUCUCCGUCGCCAUGUGGUUCGAAUGCAGUGUGUAGGGAACAGAAUGGCGCCGGAUCUUGCACUUGUCUACCAGAGUAUGUGGGCAACCCAUACGAAGGCUGCCGGCCAGAAUGUGUGGUAAACACUGACUGUGCUCCCAACAAGGCAUGUAUCCGUAACAAGUGCCAAGACCCGUGCCCUGGCACAUGUGGCCCGAACGCAGACUGCCAGGUUGUCAAUCACCUGCCAUCGUGCACUUGCCGGCCAGGAUACACUGGAGACCCGUUCCGAUACUGCACGGUGCAGGCUAGCGAACCUGUGGUAGCUGAACCGGGAGAUCCAUGCAACCCAUCGCCAUGUGGUCCAAACAGCCAAUGCCGCCAAGUGAAUGGGCAGGCUGUGUGCUCGUGCCUACCGUCGUACAUUGGCAGUCCACCAGGAUGCAGACCGGAGUGUGUGGUUAGCUCUGAAUGCCCGCAGAAUCGAGCCUGUGUGAACCAGAAGUGUGUGGACCCUUGCCCUGGGCCGUGUGGCCUCAAUACUCGCUGCCAGGUGAUCAACCACAGCCCAAUAUGCAGCUGCAAACAAGGAUAUACCGGAGACCCCUUCGCCAGAUGCCAUCCAAUUCCACCUCCACCUCAGAGGCCGAGUGCCCCAGUGGUUGUGAAUCCUUGCAUCCCAUCGCCGUGUGGGCCAUAUUCUGAGUGUCGCGAUACAGGUGGCAGUCCUUCAUGCUCGUGCCUGGCAAACUACAUUGGCGCUCCACCAAACUGUCGGCCCGAGUGCUCCAUCAACUCGGAGUGCCCCAGCAACAGGGCUUGUAUCAGGGAGAAGUGUCGUGACCCAUGUCCAGGGUCGUGUGGCAUUGGCGCACAGUGCAGUGUGAUCAAUCACACCCCAGUUUGCACAUGCCCUGAGGGAUACACUGGAGACCCGUUUAGUAACUGCUUCCCGAAGCCACCAAUUUCAGAACCUGUGGAAUCAGACCCAUGCAAUCCAUCGCCUUGUGGGCCUAACGCCGAAUGCCGAGAUGGCAGUUGUACUUGCCUUCCGGAAUAUCAAGGAGACCCAUACACUGGUUGCCGGCCAGAGUGUGUGUUGAGUACUGACUGUGACAGGACGAAAGCUUGCAUCAGGAACAAGUGCGCUGACCCCUGCCCAGGGACUUGUGGACAGGAUGCUCGGUGCGAUGUAGUUAAUCACAUCCCCAUCUGCACCUGUCCGGAAGGCACCUCUGGAAACGCUUUCAUCCAGUGCCGACCAGUACCACCUCCUGCAGUUACACUACCAUGUCGGCCAUCUCCAUGUGGACCAAAUAGCCAAUGUCGGGAGAUUAAUGGCCAGGCAGUGUGCUCUUGUGUGCCUGGAUACUUGGGAAGUCCUCCGGCGUGCAGACCAGAGUGCGUCGUGAGCUCCGAUUGCAGCCAGAACGAAGCAUGUAGUAACCAGAAAUGUAGGAAUCCCUGCCCAGGAACGUGUGGAAUUGGAGCGCGUUGUGAGGUGGUCAAUCACAACCCAAUUUGUAGCUGUCCACCUCGUUACACCGGCGAUCCGUUCUCCAGAUGUCUGCCCAUACCUGAGAACCCUGUGGUCAGCGAGCCAGUGAACCCUUGCCAGCCUUCACCAUGUGGUCCAAAUGCUCAGUGCAAGGUAGCUGGAGACAGCCCAUCAUGUUCAUGCCUGCCAGAAUUCAAGGGCUCGCCUCCAAACUGCCGGCCCGAGUGCAUCAGCAACAGCGAGUGUGCCAGCCAUCUGGCCUGUAUCGGGCAGAAGUGCAAAGACCCCUGUCCAGGAGCUUGUGGGUCGAAUGCAGAGUGCCGAGUGGUCAGCCACACGCCUACAUGUGUGUGUGCAGUUGGAUACACUGGAGACCCAUUCUCUCAGUGCUUUGUGCAGCCUGUGGCCGCGCCGCAGGAAAGACCGACGCCCUGCUCUCCGUCGCCAUGUGGUUCGAAUGCAGUGUGUAGGGAACAGAAUGGCGCCGGAUCUUGCACUUGUCUACCAGAGUAUGUGGGCAACCCAUACGAAGGCUGCCGGCCAGAAUGUGUGGUAAACACUGACUGUGCUCCCAACAAGGCAUGUAUCCGUAACAAGUGCCAAGACCCGUGCCCUGGCACAUGUGGCCCGAACGCAGACUGCCAGGUUGUCAAUCACCUGCCAUCGUGCACUUGCCGGCCAGGAUACACUGGAGACCCGUUCCGAUACUGCACGGUGCAGGCUAGCGAACCUGUGGUAGCUGAACCGGGAGAUCCAUGCAACCCAUCGCCAUGUGGUCCAAACAGCCAAUGCCGCCAAGUGAAUGGGCAGGCUGUGUGCUCGUGCCUACCGUCGUACAUUGGCAGUCCACCAGGAUGCAGACCGGAGUGUGUGGUUAGCUCUGAAUGCCCGCAGAAUCGAGCCUGUGUGAACCAGAAGUGUGUGGACCCUUGCCCUGGGCCGUGUGGCCUCAAUACUCGCUGCCAGGUGAUCAACCACAGCCCAAUAUGCAGCUGCAAACAAGGAUAUACCGGAGACCCCUUCGCCAGAUGCCAUCCAAUUCCACCUCCACCUCAGAGGCCGAGUGCCCCAGUGGUUGUGAAUCCUUGCAUCCCAUCGCCGUGUGGGCCAUAUUCUGAGUGUCGCGAUACAGGUGGCAGUCCUUCAUGCUCGUGCCUGGCAAACUACAUUGGCGCUCCACCAAACUGUCGGCCCGAGUGCUCCAUCAACUCGGAGUGCCCCAGCAACAGGGCUUGUAUCAGGGAGAAGUGUCGUGACCCAUGUCCAGGGUCGUGUGGCAUUGGCGCACAGUGCAGUGUGAUCAAUCACACCCCAGUUUGCACAUGCCCUGAGGGAUACACUGGAGACCCGUUUAGUAACUGCUUCCCGAAGCCACCAAUUUCAGAACCUGUGGAAUCAGACCCAUGCAAUCCAUCGCCUUGUGGGCCUAACGCCGAAUGCCGAGAUGGCAGUUGUACUUGCCUUCCGGAAUAUCAAGGAGACCCAUACACUGGUUGCCGGCCAGAGUGUGUGUUGAGUACUGACUGUGACAGGACGAAAGCUUGCAUCAGGAACAAGUGCGCUGACCCCUGCCCAGGGACUUGUGGACAGGAUGCUCGGUGCGAUGUAGUUAAUCACAUCCCCAUCUGCACCUGUCCGGAAGGCACCUCUGGAAACGCUUUCAUCCAGUGCCGACCAGUACCACCUCCUGCAGUUACACUACCAUGUCGGCCAUCUCCAUGUGGACCAAAUAGCCAAUGUCGGGAGAUUAAUGGCCAGGCAGUGUGCUCUUGUGUGCCUGGAUACUUGGGAAGUCCUCCGGCGUGCAGACCAGAGUGCGUCGUGAGCUCCGAUUGCAGCCAGAACGAAGCAUGUAGUAACCAGAAAUGUAGGAAUCCCUGCCCAGGAACGUGUGGAAUUGGAGCACGUUGUGAGGUGGUCAAUCACAACCCAAUUUGUAGCUGUCCACCUCGUUACACCGGCGAUCCGUUCUCCAGAUGUCUGCCCAUACCUGAGAACCCUGUGGUCAGCGAGCCAGUGAACCCUUGCCAGCCUUCACCAUGUGGUCCAAAUGCUCAGUGCAAGGUAGCUGGAGACAGCCCAUCAUGUUCAUGCCUGCCAGAAUUCAAGGGCUCGCCUCCAAACUGCCGGCCCGAGUGCAUCAGCAACAGCGAGUGUGCCAGCCAUCUGGCCUGUAUCGGGCAGAAGUGCAAAGACCCCUGUCCAGGAGCUUGUGGGUCGAAUGCAGAGUGCCGAGUGGUCAGCCACACGCCUACAUGUGUGUGUGCAGUUGGAUACACUGGAGACCCAUUCUCUCAGUGCUUUGUGCAGCCUGUGGCCGCGCCGCAGGAAAGACCGACGCCCUGCUCUCCGUCGCCAUGUGGUUCGAAUGCAGUGUGUAGGGAACAGAAUGGCGCCGGAUCUUGCACUUGUCUACCAGAGUAUGUGGGCAACCCAUACGAAGGCUGCCGGCCAGAAUGUGUGGUAAACACUGACUGUGCUCCCAACAAGGCAUGUAUCCGUAACAAGUGCCAAGACCCGUGCCCUGGCACAUGUGGCCCGAACGCAGACUGCCAGGUUGUCAAUCACCUGCCAUCGUGCACUUGCCGGCCAGGAUACACUGGAGACCCGUUCCGAUACUGCACGGUGCAGGCUAGCGAACCUGUGGUAGCUGAACCGGGAGAUCCAUGCAACCCAUCGCCAUGUGGUCCAAACAGCCAAUGCCGCCAAGUGAAUGGGCAGGCUGUGUGCUCGUGCCUACCGUCGUACAUUGGCAGUCCACCAGGAUGCAGACCGGAGUGUGUGGUUAGCUCUGAAUGCCCGCAGAAUCGAGCCUGUGUGAACCAGAAGUGUGUGGACCCUUGCCCUGGGCCGUGUGGCCUCAAUACUCGCUGCCAGGUGAUCAACCACAGCCCAAUAUGCAGCUGCAAACAAGGAUAUACCGGAGACCCCUUCGCCAGAUGCCAUCCAAUUCCACCUCCACCUCAGAGGCCGAGUGCCCCAGUGGUUGUGAAUCCUUGCAUCCCAUCGCCGUGUGGGCCAUAUUCUGAGUGUCGCGAUACAGGUGGCAGUCCUUCAUGCUCGUGCCUGGCAAACUACAUUGGCGCUCCACCAAACUGUCGGCCCGAGUGCUCCAUCAACUCGGAGUGCCCCAGCAACAGGGCUUGUAUCAGGGAGAAGUGUCGUGACCCAUGUCCAGGGUCGUGUGGCAUUGGCGCACAGUGCAGUGUGAUCAAUCACACCCCAGUUUGCACAUGCCCUGAGGGAUACACUGGAGACCCGUUUAGUAACUGCUUCCCGAAGCCACCAAUUUCAGAACCUGUGGAAUCAGACCCAUGUAAUCCAUCGCCUUGUGGGCCUAACGCCGAAUGCCGAGAUGGCAGUUGUACUUGCCUUCCGGAAUAUCAAGGAGACCCAUACACUGGUUGCCGGCCAGAGUGUGUGUUGAGUACUGACUGUGACAGGACGAAAGCUUGCAUCAGGAACAAGUGCGCUGACCCCUGCCCAGGGACUUGUGGACAGGAUGCUCGGUGCGAUGUAGUUAAUCACAUCCCCAUCUGCACCUGUCCGGAAGGCACCUCUGGAAACGCUUUCAUCCAGUGCCGACCAGUACCACCUCCUGCAGUUACACUACCAUGUCGGCCAUCUCCAUGUGGACCAAAUAGCCAAUGUCGGGAGAUUAAUGGCCAGGCAGUGUGCUCUUGUGUGCCUGGAUACUUGGGAAGUCCUCCGGCGUGCAGACCAGAGUGCGUCGUGAGCUCCGAUUGCAGCCAGAACGAAGCAUGUAGUAACCAGAAAUGUAGGAAUCCCUGCCCAGGAACGUGUGGAAUUGGAGCGCGUUGUGAGGUGGUCAAUCACAACCCAAUUUGUAGCUGUCCACCUCGUUACACCGGCGAUCCGUUCUCCAGAUGUCUGCCCAUACCUGAGAACCCUGUGAUCAGCGAGCCAGUGAACCCUUGCCAGCCUUCACCAUGUGGUCCAAAUGCUCAGUGCAAGGUAGCUGGAGACAGCCCAUCAUGUUCAUGCCUGCCAGAAUUCAAGGGCUCGCCUCCAAACUGCCGGCCCGAGUGCAUCAGCAACAGCGAGUGUGCCAGCCAUCUGGCCUGUAUCGGGCAGAAGUGCAAAGACCCCUGUCCAGGAGCUUGUGGGUCGAAUGCAGAGUGCCGAGUGGUCAGCCACACGCCUACAUGUGUGUGUGCAGUUGGAUUCACUGGGGACCCAUUCUCUAAGUGUCUUGUUUUUUCACAGCCACCGGUGCAAGAGAGACCGACGCCAUGCCUGCCUUCGCCCUGCGGCUCAAAUGCUGAAUGCAGAGAACAGAACGGCGCCGGGUCUUGCACUUGUCUGCCAGAGUACGUGGGCAACCCGUAUGAAGGAUGCCGACCAGAAUGUGUGCUCAACACGGACUGCGCUCCUAACAAGGCGUGCGUCCGUAACAAGUGCCAGGACCCCUGUCCCGGUACUUGCGGCCAGAACGCCGAGUGCCAGGUCGUCAACCACCUGCCGACUUGCACGUGCAUCCACGGAUUUACUGGAGACCCCUUCAGAUAUUGCAACGUAAUGCAUACACCACUGACACCAGAAAUCGGCGACCCGUGUCAGCCGUCACCUUGCGGACCAAACAGCGUGUGCCGUGUGGUAAAUGGACAGGCAGUUUGCUCAUGUCAGUCCGGCUACAUGGGAACACCACCAGGCUGUAGGCCCGAGUGCGUCGUCAGUGCUGAAUGCCCACGUGAUAAGGCCUGUGUCAGCAACAAGUGCAUUGACCCAUGUCCUGGUACCUGUGGCCUCAAUGCACGCUGUGAAGUCAUCAACCACAGCCCCAUUUGCAGCUGCCAGGUUGGACACACUGGAGACCCCUUUGCAAGAUGCUACCCAAUACCACCAUCUCAGCCUCCAACUACCAAACCUACCUACACAAAUCCCUGUGUUCCAUCUCCUUGUGGCCCCAAUUCAGAAUGCAGAGACAUUGGAGGAACACCUUCAUGCUCAUGCCUGGCUAAUUACAUUGGAUCUCCUCCAAACUGCCGACCUGAAUGUGUCAUCAGCUCAGAAUGCUCAAGCAACAAAGCCUGCAUCCGGGAGAAGUGCCGUGACCCAUGUCCAGGAUCAUGUGGUGCUGGUGCACAGUGCAGUGUAAUCAACCACACACCAGUAUGCACAUGUCCUGAGGGUUACACAGGUGACCCAUUCACCAGCUGUUACCCAAAGCCACAAGAACCAGAACCAGAAAAGAGUGAUCCCUGCUAUCCAUCUCCCUGCGGGCCAAACACACAAUGUAAUGAUGGAGUGUGUACUUGCUUGCCAGAAUAUCAGGGUGAUCCUUAUGCAGGCUGUCGGCCAGAGUGUGUUCUAAGCUCUGACUGUGACAGGUCAAAGGCUUGCAUCAGAAAUAAGUGCACUGAUCCAUGUCCAGGAACGUGUGGACAGGAUGCCCGCUGUGAUGUUGUCAAUCACAUCCCAAUAUGCAGUUGUCCUGAAGGAAUGUCUGGGAAUGCAUUUAUCCAGUGCAGGCCUAUUCCUCCUCCUGUGGUGACACAGCCAUGCAACCCAUCUCCGUGUGGACCAAACAGCCAGUGUCGGGAGAUUAAUGGCCAAGCAGUGUGUUCUUGUGUGCCAGGAUACCUUGGGAGUCCUCCAUCAUGCAGGCCAGAGUGUGUUGUGAGCUCAGAUUGCAGUCAGAAUGAAGCAUGCAACAAUCAGAAGUGCAGAAAUCCAUGCCCAGGCACAUGUGGUGUGGCAGCUCGCUGUGAAGUAGUUAACCACAAUCCAAUUUGCAGUUGUCCUAUACGAUAUACUGGUGAUCCAUUCGUCAGAUGCCAGCCAAUCUCCGAUACUCCUCCAGCACAAUUAAAUCCAUGUGCUCCAUCGCCUUGUGGUCCAAAUGCACAAUGUCAGGUUAUUGGAGAGACUCCAUCAUGCACAUGCCUUCCAGAAUACAUGGGAUCACCACCCAAUUGUAGACCUGAGUGUGUGAGUAAUAGUGAAUGUGCCAGUCACCUUGCGUGCAUAAGACAGAAAUGUAAAGAUCCUUGUCCUGGAUCAUGUGGGGCUAAUGCUGAAUGCCGCGUUAUUAGUCACACUCCUAACUGUUUCUGUCUCUCAGGAUAUACUGGAGAUCCAUUUGUUAUCUGUUCACCUCAACCAGCUAUUCCUGAAGAAAGACCAACUCCUUGCUCACCUUCCCCAUGUGGGUCAAAUGCUGUGUGCAGAGAACAAAAUGGUGCUGGUUCUUGCACAUGUUUACCGGAAUACAUUGGCAACCCAUAUGAGGGCUGUCGCCCAGAAUGUACCUUAAACACUGACUGCACACCAGAUAGGGCAUGUAUCCGAAACAAAUGCCAGGAUCCCUGCCCUGGGACAUGUGGACAAAAUGCAGACUGUACUGUAGUCAAUCAUUUACCAUCAUGCACAUGUAUAUCAGGAUACACUGGUGACCCAUUUAGAUUCUGCAGUAUAGUACGAGAAACACCAGAGGAACCUAAAACUCCUUGUUCACCUUCACCAUGUGGGCCAAACAGUGCAUGUCGUGAAGUUAAUGAGCAAGCAGUGUGUUCUUGUCUGCCCAGCUAUAUUGGCACACCACCUGGUUGUCGUCCAGAAUGUGUGGUAAGCUCAGAGUGUCCACAGAACAGAGCUUGCACCAAUCAGAAAUGUGCUGACCCUUGUAUUGGCACAUGUGGUUUGAACUCAAUUUGUGAGGUAAUAAACCAUAGCCCAAUCUGCAGCUGCAGACCAGGUUACACAGGAGAUCCUUUUGCACAGUGUUAUUUGAACCCAGUUGUAAUUCCUUCAGAAAAACCAGUAUAUCAUGACCCAUGUGUUCCAUCGCCUUGUGGCCCGAAUGCACAGUGUAUCAACUCAGGAGGAGUUCCUUCAUGUGCAUGCAAUGCUGGUUACUUUGGUGCUCCACCAAACUGUAGACCAGAAUGUUCUGUUAAUUCAGAAUGUCCUAGCAACAAGGCUUGUAUUAGGGAAAAAUGUCGUGACCCUUGUCCAGGCUCAUGUGGUGCUAGUGCACAAUGCAGUGUGAUCAACCACACACCAGUAUGCACCUGUCCUGAGGGAUACACUGGAGAUCCUUUCACCAACUGCUUCCCCAAACCACCAGAACAAGAACCUGAGAAGGCUGACCUAUGUCAUCCAUCUCCAUGUGGCUCAAACACACAGUGUGAUGAUGGAGUGUGUACUUGCUUGCCAGAAUACCAGGGUGAUCCAUAUGCUGGCUGUCGACCUGAGUGUGUCCUGAGCACAGAUUGUGAGAGGACAAAGGCUUGCAUAAGAAACAAGUGUGCAGAUCCUUGUCCAGGGACUUGUGGGCAGGAUGCACGCUGUGAUGUUGUCAAUCAUAUUCCAAUCUGCAGUUGUCCAGAGGGCAUGUCUGGCAAUGCAUUUAUUCAAUGCAGACCUAUUCCACCUCCGCCAAAGACACAGCCAUGCAGCCCAUCUCCUUGUGGCCCUAACAGCCAAUGUCGAGAGAUUAAUGGCCAGGCAGUGUGUUCAUGUGUGCCAGGCUUCUUAGGAAGUCCACCAGCAUGUAGACCAGAAUGCAUUGUGAGCUCAGAUUGUGCACAAAAUGAAGCCUGUAACAACCAGAAAUGUCGGAACCCUUGCCCAGGAACAUGUGGUAUUGGAGCUCGUUGCGAGGUUGUUAACCACAAUCCUAUAUGCAGUUGUCCCUCACACUAUACAGGCGAUCCAUUUGCAAGAUGCUAUCCAGUCCCUGAAACUCCGUUACGGGAACCAACAAACCCUUGCCAGCCAUCUCCCUGUGGACCAAAUGCAGUUUGCCAAGUUUCUGGUGACAGUCCAUCUUGUUCAUGUUUGCCCGAUUUUAAAGGAUCACCUCCUAAUUGCCGACCAGAGUGUAUUAGCAACACAGAGUGUGCAAGCCACCUUGCAUGUAUAGGGCAACGCUGUAAAGAUCCAUGUCCAGGCUCAUGUGGAUCUAAUGCAGAAUGCAGAGUUAUUAGCCACACACCUAACUGUGCAUGUCUUCCAGGAUUUUCUGGAGAUCCAUUCAUCCAGUGUUUAUUACAGGAACCACCUGUGCCAGAAGAAAGACCAACACCAUGUAUACCAUCACCAUGUGGCUCAAAUGCGGUUUGUAAAGAGCAGAAUGGAGCUGGCUCUUGUACAUGUCUCCCAGAUUAUGUUGGUAAUCCUUAUGAGGUCUGCCGACCAGAAUGUAUUUUGAAUACUGACUGUCCAUCCAAUAGAGCAUGCAUACGUAACAAAUGUCAGGAUCCAUGUCCAGGAACCUGUGGCCUAAAUGCUGAAUGCCAAGUGGUCAAUCACCUGCCUUCAUGCACUUGCAUUCAAGGGUACUCUGGAGAUCCAUUCAAGUACUGCAGUCCUAUAAUAGAACAUGUUCCAGUUGAAAUUGGUAACCCUUGUGUGCCAUCUCCUUGUGGGCCUAACAGUGCAUGUCGUGAGGUAAAUGGUCAAGCAGUAUGUUCUUGCCUUCCGGAUUACAUGGGCACACCUCCUAAUUGCAGACCUGAGUGCACAGUGAGUGCAGAAUGUCAGCAAAAUAGGGCUUGCAUUAGACAGAAAUGUGCUGACCCAUGCCCUGGUACCUGUGGUCUCAACACUCGCUGUGAAGUCAUUAAUCAUAGUCCAAUUUGCAGCUGUCAAGCUGGGUACACUGGUGAUCCCUUCACACGCUGUUUUGCUGUGCCAGCUCCUCCUCCAGCAGAGGUGCUUCGACCAGUUAACCCAUGCUCUCCAUCACCCUGUGGUCCCAAUGCUCAGUGCAUAAAUGCAGGUGGUACAGCUUCAUGUGCCUGUCUGGCAAACUUCAUUGGAAUGCCACCAAACUGCAGACCUGAGUGUAGUAUAAAUGCUGAAUGUCCCAGCAAUAUGGCGUGCAUCAGGGAGAAAUGUAUGGAUCCAUGCCCAGGAUCAUGUGGUGCUAGUGCUUUGUGCACUGUUGUUAAUCACACCCCUGUUUGUACCUGCCCAGAAGGUUACACAGGAGAUCCAUUUACUAGAUGCUAUCCCAAGCCACCUCCAAGUCCUGAACCGAUUCCAAAGGAGCCCUGCUCUCCAUCACCUUGUGGACCAAAUUCUGUAUGUACAGAUGGCACAUGUACUUGUCUACCAGAUUAUCAAGGUGAUCCAUACCUGGGCUGUCACCCAGAAUGCAUUCUUAAUGCAGACUGUGAUAGAACAAAGGCCUGCAUCAGGAACAAAUGUAAUGAUCCCUGCCCAGGAACAUGUGGACAGGGUGCUCGGUGUGAUGUUGUUAACCACAUACCAAUAUGCAGUUGUCCAGAUGGAAUGUCUGGUAAUGCUUUUAUCCAAUGCAGGCCUAUUCCACCACCACCAGUAAUGCAGCCCUGCAACCCAUCUCCAUGUGGUCCCAAUAGCCAGUGCCGAGAGAUCAAUGGCCAGGCAGUAUGCUCUUGUGUACCAGGAUACAUUGGAAGUCCUCCUGCUUGUAGGCCUGAGUGUAUUGUGAGCUCUGAGUGUGCUCAGAAUGAAGCAUGCAGUAAUCAAAAGUGCAGGAAUCCAUGCCCCGGUACUUGUGGCAUUGGAGCUCGCUGUGAAGUAGUUAAUCACAAUCCAAUUUGCAGCUGCCCAUUAGAGCACACUGGUGAUCCAUUUGUCAGAUGUCUGCCAAUAAUAUCUCUAGCCCCUCCAGAAUCACCUAAUCCAUGUGUUCCAUCACCAUGUGGACAGAAUGCUGUGUGUCAAGUGAUUGGUGAGAGUCCUUCAUGCUCUUGCUUGCCAGAGUUCAAAGGGUCCCCUCCAAACUGUAGACCAGAAUGUGUUAGUAACAGUGAAUGUGCCAGUCAUUUGGCAUGUAUUGGUCAGAAAUGUAGAGACCCGUGUCCAGGAUCCUGUGGAGCCAAUGCUGAAUGUCAUGUUGUCAGUCACACACCAAACUGUGUGUGUGUGUCAGGAUUUUCAGGUGACCCAUUCACACAGUGUUUCAAACAGGAGGCAAUACAGGCAGAGAGGGUAACACCCUGUGUUCCUUCUCCAUGUGGCUCAAAUGCUGUGUGCCGAGAACAAAACAGUGCAGGUUCAUGCACCUGUCUUCCAGACUAUGUUGGCAACCCAUAUGAAGGAUGUCGACCAGAAUGUGUGCUUAAUACUGACUGUUCUCCUAACAGGGCAUGCAUACGAAAUAAAUGCCAGGAUCCUUGUCCUGGCACAUGUGGUACCAAUGCCUACUGUCAAACAGUAAACCACCUUCCCUCUUGUACUUGUGUUGAGCAGUAUACAGGUGACCCAUUCAGACACUGUACUCUCAUAGUAGGUGUGGAAACUCCGCCAAGGGACCCUUGUCAACCGUCACCCUGUGGUCCAAACAGUGUGUGCCACAUAGCAAACCAGCAGGCUGUGUGCUCUUGUCAAGCAGGCUAUAUGGGUGUACCACCAGGUUGUAGGCCUGAGUGUGUUGUAAGUGCUGAGUGCCCACGUGAUAAAGCCUGUGUCAACAACAAAUGUGUCGAUCCUUGCCCUGGAACAUGUGGCCUCAGUGCACGAUGUGAGGUCAUCAAUCACAGCCCUAUCUGUAGUUGCCAGGCUGGGCACACUGGAGACCCCUUCACCAGAUGCUAUGCUCUCCCUCCUAUUUCAGAACCACCAUCAAGGCCAGUGAACCCUUGUCUUCCAUCACCAUGUGGGCCACACUCAGUGUGCCAAGCUGUGGGUGAUACACCAUCAUGUUCAUGCAUUAUUGGUUACAUGGGAGUGCCACCAGGUUGUCGUCCGGAGUGUGCCAUCAAUGCAGAUUGCACAAGCAGUCUUGCAUGUUUGCGUGAAAAGUGUCGCGAUCCCUGCCCUGGUUCCUGUGGUGCAGGGGCUCUCUGCUCUGUUGUCAACCACACACCAGUGUGUACAUGCCCCGAAGGUUUCACAGGUGAUCCAUUUACCAGCUGUAAUGCUGCUCCAGUUUCAGAACCAGGACCUAAGCCUGUUGAUCCAUGCCACCCCUCUCCCUGUGGACCAAAUGCUGUAUGCAAUGAUGGUAUAUGCAAUUGUCUGCCAGAGUACCAAGGAGAUCCUUACGUAGGUUGUCGCCCAGAAUGCAUCUUCAGUGAUGACUGUGAUAGGACGAAGGCAUGUAUAAGGAAUAAAUGUGUGGAUCCAUGUCCAGGAACUUGCGGUCAAGAUGCCCAAUGUGAUGUUGUUAAUCACAUUCCAAUAUGCAGUUGCCCAGAGGGCACAUCUGGCAAUGCUUUUAUUCAGUGUAGACCUAUUCCACAGCCACCGGUGACACAACCGUGCAACCCAUCUCCAUGCGGACCUAACAGUCGUUGUCAAGAGAUCAAUGGUCAGGCUGUGUGCUCAUGUGUACCUGGCUACUUGGGAAGCCCUCCAGCAUGCAGACCUGAGUGCAUACUUAGCUCUGACUGUGGCCAGAGCGAAGCGUGCAGUAAUCAAAAAUGCAGGAAUCCCUGCCCAGGUACAUGUGGGAUAGGAGCACGCUGUGAAGUAGUGAAUCAUAAUCCAAUAUGUAGCUGUCCACCUCGCUACACUGGUGAUCCAUUUGUCAGAUGUCAACCAAAAGCAGAGAUCAAACCACAAAUAUCAAAAGAUCUCUGUCAGCCAUCACCAUGUGGACCAUAUUCUCAGUGUCAAGUUGUUGGAGAAAGCCCAACAUGCAGUUGUCUACCUGAAUACAAAGGAACUCCUCCAAACUGUAGACCUGAAUGUGUUAGUAACGGUGAAUGUGCAAGUAAUUUAGCAUGUAUAGGUCAGAAAUGCAAAGAUCCGUGCCCGGGAUCUUGUGGAACAAAUGCUGAAUGCCGAGUUGUCAGUCACACACCAAACUGUGCUUGUCUUCCAGGAUAUUCAGGAGAUCCUUUCCAACACUGCGUUAUUCCUGAGGUUUCAGUUCCUAGACCAGCUGACAUGACAAGCCCCUGCAUACCAUCGCCAUGUGGUGCAAAUGCUAUAUGCAGGGAACAGAAUGGUGCUGGUUCCUGUUCUUGUCUGCCAGACUAUGUUGGCAACCCAUACGAAGGCUGCCGGCCAGAAUGUAUACUGAACACUGAUUGUACUGCAACAAAGGCUUGCAUCAGAAAUAAGUGCCAAGAUCCAUGUCCUGGAACAUGUGGCCAGAAUGCUCAGUGCCAAGUUAUUAAUCACAUACCAUCUUGUUAUUGCUUGCCAAAGUUUACUGGAGAUCCAUUUAGAUACUGCAGCAUUUCUCAAGAACCAACAGUAACUGAGCAUGUAAACCCAUGUUCUCCGAGUCCGUGUGGUCCUUAUAGCACAUGUCGCGUUGCUAAUGAGCAGGCAGUAUGCUCAUGUCAACCUGGCUUCAUUGGAUCACCACCUGGAUGUCGCCCAGAGUGUACUGUCAGUGCAGAGUGUGCACAGAACAGAGCAUGUAACAAUCUUAAGUGUAUUGAUCCUUGUCCAGGAACUUGUGGGCUCAACUCUCGGUGUGAAGUUAUUAACCACAGCCCAAUAUGUUCAUGCAAUGUUGGUUAUACUGGCGAUCCAUUCACGAGAUGCUAUUCAAUACCAACUCUGCCAUCUGAACCUACUUCCCCUCCUUUGCACAUUGAUCCAUGUCUCCCAUCACCUUGUGGCCCAUAUUCACAAUGUCGGGACAUUGGAGGAGUUCCAUCUUGUUCCUGCAUCAGAGAUUACUUUGGUACACCACCAAAUUGUCGACCAGAAUGCUCUGUCAACACAGACUGUCCACAUAAUCGUGCCUGUCUACGGGAGAAAUGCCGAGAUCCUUGUCCAGGUUCUUGUGGUGUCAGUGCUGAUUGUGCUGUUAUCAACCACACACCUGUCUGCAGUUGUUUGCCAGGCUACACAGGGGAUCCAUUCUUUCAGUGCUACCCAAAACCAACAGCAGUACCUGCACCCGUACCAUCAGAUGCUUGUAAACCUUCUCCUUGUGGCUCCAAUGCUCAGUGCCAUGAAGGUGUUUGUACUUGCCUGCCUGAAUACCAAGGUGACCCAUAUGCAGGGUGUCGUCCAGAGUGUGUCCUCAGCACUGACUGUGAAAGGAAACAGGCUUGCAUUAGGAAUAAGUGUACUGACCCUUGCCCAGGAACCUGUGGACAAAAUGCUCAAUGUGAAGUCAUAAAUCAUGUGCCUACAUGCAGUUGCCCUGAGGGGCUCUCAGGCGAUCCAUUUGUUUACUGCCGCCAAGUAGAAGCUCCUAUAGAAAGGCAACCAUGCAGUCCAUCACCUUGUGGUCCUAAUGCAGUCUGCCGGGAAAUCAAUGGACAGGCUGUCUGUUCAUGUGUGCUCGGUUUUCUGGGUGUACCACCAUCAUGUCAUCCAGAGUGCACUGUCAGCUCAGACUGUGCAUUAACAAAGGCUUGCCUCAAUCAACACUGUAUAGAUCCUUGUCCUGGUACAUGUGGUAUCAAUGCCCAUUGCCAUGUUGUCAACCACAACCCAAUCUGCUCUUGCGCUGCAGGCUAUUCUGGAGAUCCCUUCACCAGGUGCUCCUCAAUAAUUAUUUCAACACCACCACAGCCAAAACCAAUUACACCAUGUCAGCCUUCACCAUGUGGGCCUAAUUCAGUCUGCCAGGUAUCAGUUGAUGGUUUAAGUCCAUUGUGUUCUUGUUUGGAUGGUUAUAUUGGCACCCCACCACUGUGUCGUCCCGAAUGUUUAUCCAACGGUGACUGCAGUCCACAGCAAGCUUGUAUUGGUCAACGAUGUAGGGAUCCUUGCCCUGGAUCAUGUGGAGUUAGUGCUGAAUGCCAUGUUAUCCUUCAUGUGCCAAGCUGCUCAUGUCCACCACCACUCACAGGCGAUCCUUUUACAUUUUGUACCAGCCCACCAGAGAUAAGUCCAACACAAGGAGCUCCAACUGACCCCUGCAACCCUUCACCUUGCGGGCCAAAUUCUAACUGCCGUGUUGAAGCAAAUGGUUUCUCAUCCUGUGAAUGCUUGCCAGACUUCUAUGGUAACCCAUAUGAUGGGUGCCGACCUGAGUGUCUAGUCAGUUCGGACUGCUCUAUGGAUCGUGCUUGUAUACAGAACCACUGUCAGGAUCCUUGUCCUGGAACUUGUGGUGUAGGUGCCAUCUGCUCUGUUACAAAUCACAUUCCUAUUUGCUCUUGUCCUGAGGGAACAACAGGAGAUGCCUUCCAUCUUUGUCAGCCUGUAAUAUUGCCGGUGCCAGGUUCAAGUUACCCAUGUGUACCUUCACCCUGUGGGCCAAAUGCACUUUGCCGAGCAGGUGAUUCUGGUGCUGCCUUGUGUGAAUGCUUACCAGGUUAUCAGGGUAUACCAGAUGGAAGUGGAUGCAGGCCUGAGUGUGUCCUCAGUGCUGACUGUCCACGUGACAAGGCGUGUGUGAGUGGCAAGUGCCGGGACCCAUGUCCAGGUGCCUGUGGUUAUGGUGCCAACUGCAAUGUUAUAAACCACAGCCCCAUCUGUUCUUGCCCAUCUGGUACAGGAGGAAAUCCAUUUGUACAAUGUACAGAGCAACCACCUGUUCCAAGCGAUCCCUGUGAGUCCUCACCAUGUGGACCGAAUGGACAGUGCCGUGUUGUGAAAGGUGCUGCUGUUUGCACAUAUCCAGAAUGUGUAAUCAAUCAAGACUGUGUUCGUGACAGGGCUUGUUUUGCUCAACGUUGUCGAGAUCCUUGCAGUGAGGGAACUGUCUGUGGUCUCAACGCACUAUGUCAAACUGUCAGCCAUGUCCCUGUGUGUUCCUGUCCAGCAGGUUACACAGGAGAACCUAGGCUUGAGUGCCACCCAGUGCCUGUCACUCCUCCAGCUCCACGCCCUGAAUGUACUCAAAACAAUGACUGUACAAAUGACAAGGCCUGUAUAAAUGAUUUUUGCCGUGAUCCUUGUCUGGAGAAUACAGGAAUUUGUGGACCUAAUGCACAAUGUCAUGUUCAGUUGCAUAGGCCAAUAUGCACCUGUAAGGAUGGAUUUACUGGAAAUGCCAAUGGCCAUUGUUAUCAGAUUGGUUGUCGCUCAGAUGGAGAAUGCCCACCCACAGAGGCAUGUGUGAACGGCAACUGUGUGUCUCCAUGUUCCUACACACAUUGUGGUAUCGAUGCUCUUUGUGAGACUGAUGGCUGGCAUCAUGCACGUUGCCGCUGUCCUGAAAGUUGGACUGGAGAUCCACACACACUGUGCAGAAAGCCAGAAUGUUCAUCUGAUGCUGACUGUACAUACAACCUAGCUUGCCUUGGCAAUCGAUGUGAAAAUCCUUGUCCUGGUGCAUGUGGUCAGAAUGCUAUCUGCACUGUUACUAACCAUUUGGCAACAUGUCACUGUCCACCAGGCUACACUGGAAAUCCUGGGUCACAAUGCAUUCUUGAAAUUAUGGAGCCAAAACAGUGUCGAGCUGAUGCUGACUGUGCAAGCAAAUUAGCUUGCUUUAGUGGAAACUGUCGAAACCCAUGUGUUGAAACAAAACCAUGUGGUCCAAAUGCUGAAUGCACGGUUGUAGACACUCUUCCUCUCAGGACCAUGGCCUGCCGCUGUCCACAGGGGUAUGUAGGGGAUGCAGACAUCGAAUGCAAACCAGCUCCUGAUGAAAAAGAAGGUUGUCAGUCUGAUGCAGACUGUACAUUAUCUGAGAUUUGUGUGAACAGACGUUGUUCCAAUGCAUGUACAUUGAAUCCAAGUUUGUGUGCACCAAAUGCACUGUGCCAAGCAACAAACCAUCAAGCAACAUGUGUCUGCCCUGGUACCCUAGUCGGUGACCCAUAUAGUAACUGCUAUUCAGCACACCUCAAUGAAUCAGAAUGCAGAACAGAUAUGGAUUGUUCAGACAAACACUCUUGUAUUUCUGCACACUGUCUUGACCCCUGCACUGUCAGUUCUCGAUGUGGUGUGGGAGCUUUGUGUCAUUCAAGUUACCAUCGUGCUAUCUGCAGUUGUCCAGAUGGCUGGGCUGGAAAUCCAGAAAGAUUUUGCUACAGACCUGAAUGCACAAAUGAUGCAGAUUGCCCAUACAACAAGGCAUGUGAAUCAGGAAGUUGUUUGGAUCCUUGCGAACAUGCUGGUUGUGGACGCGGAGCUGAAUGUAUCACAGAGGCACACAGACCUCGUUGUCAGUGUCCUCCUGGUUCCCAGGGAGAUCCAUAUCGCACUUGUGUCACUGGUGUAUGUCAGUACAAUGAAGAUUGUGCUGGACAUGAAGCCUGCGAUCGACUGAAUCGUAUUUGUCGCCCUGUCUGUGAAGAAGACACUUGUGCAUCUGGUGCUGUGUGUAUUGGGAAAGAUCAUCAGCCUACGUGUGCUUGUCCUCAUGGCACAAAUGGAAAUCCAUAUGUUGAAUGUAGCUCUGCAAGAGUACCAACUGUUCCAGCUGAAUGUGAGGCUGAUCAUAACUGUCCAUCACAGCAAGCAUGUCUAAAUGCUGUAUGUGAAGAUCCAUGUGUGGCUGUAUCAUCAGUGUGUCCAGCUAAUCAACAAUGUCAUGUUCUUGAUACAUUACCUCUGCGAACAGUGACAUGUCACUGUCCUCAUGAUGCAGUUGCUGAUGCUUCAGGGUAUUGUAUACCUGUUGUUCCAGGAGAACCACAAUGUGUGACAGAUUCAGAAUGUGGUAAUACUGAAAAGUGUGUACGGGGUAAAUGUGUGGAAGCUUGCCGCACUGACUUCUGUGGCAUAAAUGCUAUCUGUCAGUCUGAUGACCAUAGAGCUGUUUGUCGUUGUCCUCCUGGAUACACAGGAAAUCCACGGGUUGAUUGUGUCAUUCUUCCAACACCACCACCGCCACCUCCAGAGUGCAUAAUGGAUGAAGACUGUUCAGCAGAUCAUGCUUGUCAGUUGGGUAGAUGUGUUAACCCAUGUUCUGCAAUAAGUCCAACGCCAUGUGCAGCUACAGCUUUUUGUCAUGUGGAAGACCAUAUACCUGUGUGUCGCUGCCCUAGUGGAUAUGAAGGAAACCCUCACCAAGAGUGUCAUCCAGUAUCUGGACCACCUCUUGGAUGCACAGCAAAUUCUGAUUGUUCACAACAAGAAUCAUGUGUUAAUCAACUGUGUGUGAGUCCAUGCCAUUGUGGACCUAAUUCUGAGUGCCGAGUCAGCAAUCAUUUCCCCACUUGCUACUGUAAACCUGGAUUUUCUGGAAAUCCUCUAAUUGGUUGCAUUAAAGUUCAGUGCCAAUCAGAUGAUGACUGUUCCACUGACACACAAUGUUACAAUGGUGAAUGUGUGAACCCAUGCAUACUGGGAGCAGUAUGUGCUGUCAAUGCCGAGUGCUACGGAACAGAUCACCGUGCAGCAUGCCGCUGUCCUGUGGGAUAUGUUGGUGACCCGUUGUUGCACUGUGAAAGAGCCGAAUGUCGUGUUGAUGGUGACUGUCCUUCUACUAGAGCUUGUGUGCAACGCCACUGUGUCGAUCCUUGUGCUGUGGCCUCAUUAUGUGCAUCAAAUGCAAUAUGUGUGGUGCGCAACCAUGCAGCUGCAUGUCGCUGCCCGGAAGAUGUACCACUUGGUGAUCCAACGUCGUUCUGUGAGAAAAGGCCACCUGCAAAAGAACAAGAACCUGAAUGCAAGCUAGAUGUUGACUGCCCUAGCAGACAAGCUUGUCUAAAAUCACAUUGUGUCGACCCAUGUACUGAACUGAAACCAUGUGCAACAACAGCAAGAUGCUCAGUUCUCAACACGGUACCUGUAAGAACUAUGGUGUGCACUUGUCCUGAAGGCUGGGUUCCUGGCAGCGAUGGGGAAUGUCGGCCUGUUGUGGUGCCUGUACCUCCUGGAUGCACAUCUGAUGAGAAUUGUGCAACAAAUGAAACAUGUAUUAAUCGAAUAUGCAGAAAUCCUUGUGACUGUGGUACAAAUGCCAACUGUUUUGUCCAAAACCAUCGUCCAAUUUGCUCAUGCCGAGAUGGACAUGAUGGGAAUCCAAACAUUGGUUGUUAUGCUGUGGGAUGCCGCACAAACUCUGAAUGUGAUUCUGGGAAAGCUUGUGUGAACAGUGUGUGUGUAGAUCCAUGUACAGUAUCCAACCCAUGUGGACAACAUGCAGAGUGCUACACAUUUGCUAACCGCGCUGAGUGUCGUUGCAUCAGUGGUUUUAUGGGAGACCCUCAUGAGGGCUGCCAUGCCAUUGGCUGCCGUGUGGACUCUGAUUGUCCUUACGACCGUGCCUGCCUGUCAGGUCGUUGUGCAGAUCCAUGUGCACAUGGCUACCCAGCACCUUGUGGACAAGGUGCACUCUGCAAGCCAACUCUUCACCGUGCUGUUUGCCGUUGUCCACCAGCAUUACUUGCUGGCAAUCCAUAUAUUGCUUGUCGACCCAAGAUUCGUGCUGAAUGCAAUGGUGAUCCAGACUGCCCACCAAGACUUGCAUGCCUUGAUGGCCACUGCCGUAAUCCUUGUUUUGAACUGCAGCCAUGUUCCAAGCCUGCAUCCUGCCAAGUAUUUAGCUCUGUGCCAGUAAGAACAAUGUUCUGUACUUGCCCUCCUGGUUAUGUGAGUUCAGGCAGUGGUGUGUGUCGUCCGACUCCCUCUGUCGUAGCUAUUGGUGGAUGUUCAUUUGACAGAGACUGCCCUGAUGACAAGACAUGUAUACAAGGAAUUUGCAAAAAUCCCUGCACAUGUGGUGCUAAUUCCGAUUGUCACGUGAAAGAUCACAGGCCCACAUGCACCUGUAAAGCAGGAUUUGACGGCAAUGCAGAUGUAGAAUGUGUAAGAGUGAGCUGCCGUACUGAUGGUGACUGUUCACCUCAGCAUCAAUGUGUGCAACGGAUAUGUGUACCAGCUUGUGCAUCUGAUGGAAGUUCAUGUGGUAAAGACGCAUUAUGUUAUGGUGCUCAACACCGUGCUAUUUGCGAGUGCCCUCCUGGACUGCUGGGAAAUCCACAAAAGGCUUGUGUAGCAGUGGGAUGUCGAGCAAAUUCUGACUGCCCAGUAGAGCACAACUGUAUCUCUGGAACUUGUGCUAAUCCUUGCAGCUCCUCACCAUGUGCUCCACCAGCUGAAUGUAAAGUUUACAAACAUGAAGCGCAGUGUAUCUGUCCACCAGGCUACAUAGGAGAUGGAUAUAUUACAGGAACAUUGUGCACAAAACAAAAUGUGACAUGCCAAGCUGACAGUGAUUGUUCAUCAAAGAUGGCAUGCAUUAAUGACAGCUGUGUUAACCCAUGUUCAGUUACUCAGCCAUGUGGUGAUAAUGCAAACUGUCAAGUGCUUGAUACAGUGCCUGUACGUACAAUGAUAUGUGAAUGUCCUCCUGGUUAUCAGGGCAAUGCUGCUGAGAAAUGCGAAAAAGCUCGAACAUGUCCAGUUGGGAAGGGUCAAGUUCUGGAUGAAAAGGGCAACUGUGUUUGUCCACCUGGUUAUGGCUUAGAUGACAGUGACACAUGUAUUCGUUGUGUUGCACAACAAGGAUUCAAAAUUGAUGAAAAGGGUCAAUGUGUUUGUGCACUGGAAAAAGGUAUGAUCAUAGAUGAACGUGGUCGUUGUGUCUGUCCAGUCCAAGUGGGUUAUCACUUGGAUGAGAAGGGAUAUUGUGUAAAAGACAAAUCUCCAAAAUGUAAUGAUGAUGAUGAUUGUGCCGAUGAGAUGUACUGUAAUCAGGAAACCAAGACUUGUGAGAAUCCAUGUCGAACUAAACAGUGUGGAGUGGAUGCAUACUGCAGUGCAAGUAACCACCAGGCAGUAUGUGUGUGCCAUCCUGGAUGGUCUGGAAACCCUGAAAUUGCUUGCAAUGAUUCACGUGUACCAAGAACAGAGUUCCCCAAGCCUGAGAUCACUGUGAACUGCAAGUCAGAUGGGGUUGAAGUUGAAUUUAGCUUGCCUGACCAGACAUUUAAUGGUAUUCUCUAUGUGAAAGGCCAUAGCAAAGAUGAUCGUUGCAGCAGAUUGAUUACCCCAUCUUCUGGUUCUGCACCUCAGUCAUUACUUUUUAAAGUAAACUUUGGCACAUGUGGUCUUAUUCAUUUCAAUAGAGAAGCAAGUUUCCUCCUUGUGCUACAGAAACACCCUAAACUUGUAACGUCUACAGCACAAGCAUAUCAUAUUGUUUGCAAGUAUCAAACUGGUGAGCAGAAUGUAACAGUAGGAUUUAAUGUAUCAAUGCUCACAACAGCUGGCACUAUAGCAAACACAGGGCCACCACCUGUGUGUACAAUGAAGAUAAUUACCAAUGCUGGACAAGAAAUUAGGUCAGCUGAAAUAGGUGAAAACUUGCAGCUUCACGUGGAGGUGACACCAUCCAAUAUAUAUGGUGGUUUUGCACGAAGCUGUAUCGCAAAAACUGUUGAAAACAAUGUAGAAAAUGAAUAUAUGGUUACUGAUGAAAAUGGCUGUGCCACAGAUCCAACGAUAUUUGGAGAAUGGAAAUACAAUGCUGAAACAAAGUCUCUAGUGGCUAGUUUCAAUGCAUUCAAAUUUCCUAGCAGUGACAACAUCAAAUUUCAGUGCAACAUCAGAGUUUGCUUUGGAAAAUGUCAGCCGGUAAAUUGUAGAGACACUAAUGCAUUUGGCCGACGGAAACGAGAAAUUGAAGCACCAGAGAAUGACACUAAUGUAGCUAUUGCGGAGUCAAUGUAUGAAGGGCAGCUCAGAGAAGAGAUAACAAUACAGUCCAAUGCAAUACUGACAUUCGAACGAAGGGAGGAAAGAUACACAGCCUCAACUGAUGCACCAGAGACACAGAAACCUGAAGACAUAUGUGUAUCAAUGGUUGGAUUCAUAAUUGCUCUUGUGAUAACUGCUCUCCUUGCAUUAGUAGCUGUGGCAGUAGCAGUAUCGUGUUGGCUUGUAGCUUACCGUCGAAGACCAAAGCUGGCUGGGCCAUUGCCUCAUCCUCCUGAAUUCCCAAAUCCACUUUUUACAACACCAGAACCAGUUGCCGAACCUUCGCCUGAUUAUCUUACGUGAUUUGUGAUAUUUUACUCAAGUAAAACAUGUGGGACCUGAAUCAAUCACUCUGGUGCUCAGUUUGUGACUGACAUAAAGAAACUAGUUCCUCCUUCAUACAAUGGUUAGCUUCAAUUAUUAAUGGACUAUUUUCAGAAUGUAUAGUAUGUAUCUUGUGUUGCUAAGGAGGAAAAGUGAAAAUGCAAUUGAGAUCAUAUUGCAGUCAUAAUCUAAAGAUCUAAAAUGCAUUUUCCACAAUGUAGUCACCUCCUCCAAUGGCUUUGUGUAAAUGACACGAAAUAGGGUUUGUUCCACAUAGCAGUGGUGGUGGUUUAUUUUAUAGUAGUUCAUACUGAAAAUCUUGGUAUUGCAAGACUUAAAACAUACUGUCAGACUUAAACUUGUUAUGAUUUUGGUCAUUAAUGUAGGAUUGCCUCCACUUUUAUGCUAUUGGUUUUAUUAUUUUACAUCUUGUACCCCUAAGCUAGAUUUCUUUGCUGCAUUGUGAGCUUGACUGAAUUAGCCAUUGGAGGAUUUGAGUAGUUACAAUGAUAUAAAUAAUAAAUGUGAAUAAUGUUGAUAUGUAUUUUGUGUGUUAUGUUGUUGUUUGUGUCAGAUACUUUUCUGUUACUUGUGCUAAUAUUCUACAAUUCCAUGUCACAAUUUAUCAUUAACUCAUCAUAAAAAACAGUAUGGUAAACCUGCCUGCCAGUUUUGCAAUCAUCAUUACACACCUUCACAAAUAAAGAAGUAUGAUGUUUUGAAUGUCAAAUAAUUUUCCAAAUAAUAUUUAUUAAUUUAUCUGCUGUAACUUGAAGAAAAGAUUUGGACCUCUCUAAAGCCAUGAAUAACAAGUCUUCCAUUUGCAAUUAGAUUGCAGCAGAACUGACAAUUUAGCCUACACUCUUAUUUUCAUCACAUCUUCAUUUAAAUAUUUAUUAAAUGUUUGUCCCAUAAAAGACUGCCAUUUUGCUACAGUAGCUGUAGAUAUGCAUGAGUUGGUCACAUUUGCCUCAUGUAUUGUACAGAAGAAUUCUCAUCCUAUGCUGUGCAUACCACCUUGUCUGAAAAUAAAUUUCUGUAUAUAAUGCCAAAAUUGCAGAAUUUUCAGUGGUUUCAUUUGUGUUACAUCAGCAAGCUGCUGUUUAUUCUGUAAGAACAAAGUUUCUAACAUAGGCACAUUCUGCAGUGUAAUUUAUGUGUUUCUACCAGAUUGUACUAAUGUGCUUCUGUUAGUUAUUUUGAAGGGAUACUGUUUUUUUCCUUUUGAAUAUUAGGAAUCUCUUCAUUCAAAAUUUUUUUCGGUGAAGGGUAAAGGUGGUAUGCUGUGCCAUUUAUGAUAAUUGUAUUAAUCAAAUUAAGCAGUUGCUUUAAUUUAACUUCUGAAAUACUCUUUGUUUCCAGAGGCCUGAAAUAAUUCUUAACAGUGAGUGAGUCUUGUAAUUGUGAUAAAUGUCUAAUAAAGAUGUUGUUAUAAUUAAA